AUGUCUCCUAUGGGCGCUAAGUGUGUGCCAGGUGAAUACUUGAUUAGUUAUCUCACACACACGUACGCACGCACGUACACACACACACACACACACACACUCACACACACGUACACACACACACAUACACACACAUACAGUAUGCUAUGUAUGCAAAAACAUCACACACACACAUAUGAUAGUGCAGAUGGGUCUAUGGCACAACACAUGAAAUCAAUUACCUCCCACCUACUGGCAAUAUGAUAACGCCACUAGCUGUCAUGACUAGAUAUGCAUGUGUGAAUCUGUUGUGUGUGUGUGAACAAGUGUGUAUGCAUGAAUGAGCGAUUGCGUUUUGGUAUGUAAGUAUAUUGGUGUGCGCGAGAGUUCUCAUGCUUUGUGAUUGUGUGUUUGUGUGUGUAUGUGAUGCAUGUCAAGCAGCCUGACUCAUCUCCUGAACUCCAUGAAUAUAUUCAUGGUACUGCAGAGCAGUGGAGCAGAGACAGGCACCAGCUCUACUCAGGUAUAUGUGUGUGUGUGCUUGUGUGUGUGUGUGUGUGUGUACAGUCUGACAGUAUGCACUGCUUCUCACUAUUGCCUUUCAGCCAGAAAGAUACUGAGAGACAGACUGAGGGAGAAAAACACAUAGAGAAAGAGAAGGAGAGAAGGGGAGGAGGGGGAUUGGGUUUGGGGAAAAAGGAGAGGGAGGAGAAUCCGAAAGAUGGACACAGGAAGAGAGAGAGAGGAGGAAAGGGAGAGGGAGAGCUGUGUGUACAGCUGUGUGCAUGUGUGAGAGGUGUGUGUAUGGGUGCGUGCAUGUGUGUGUCCAGUCCACAGAACCAGAUGAUGAUGUGUUCUUGAGUUGUGUGUCAUACGUCAUUGGGGACUAGUCAGGGAAAGACAGGGAUGAGCAGAGCCUAUGGGACAGGAUUGCUUUAGGGGCUCUUAUACCCAUCUCUGUAGCCAACAGAGCAGAACUCGGGGACAAAUCACGUGAACAAAUGUCAAGUGAAGAAGAUGUUAUUUGUUUCUGACAUUUUUCACACAUGGUUUCCCAACAUUUCACAUGUGAUAUUCUACAUUUCACGUGUGCUUUUAUAACCGGCGGGAUUAGAACCUGGGUCUCCCAUGGGAGCAGCCAAUGUCUUGAACAUUAGACCAAGAGGAAUAACACUGGGUUUCUCUUCCAACUAAAUGUAUUAUCAAUUUCUCUCAAUCUCAGCAUAUUGACUGUUCAAUUCAAAAUAGGGCUGUCAAACGUUUAAAUAUUUAAUCGAGUGAAUCGCAGGAUUUGCUGUGAUUAAUCACGAUUAAUCACAAAUUCAGAAUUUGCUCAAAUUGAGCUGUUAUUUUAGAUUUUUAUAUAGAAAGUGUUACAAUAAUAUUUUCGUCUGAUUUUGUCCAAAGUAAUGGUUAGCAAAAUCUGGUAAAUUGACAAAGCAUAGUUUCUUUAACCUCAAUGUCAACUGUCGUUUUUAGCUGUAUAGAUUAUGUAAAAGUAUUUGCUUACAUUCAUUCCAAUAGCAAACACAUUCACUCAUUUUCAAAUACAUUAAAAUCCAUUUUAGGCAUGUGUAUUAAAUGUAACAAAAAUCAAUAGACAGCUAACAAUAACAGAAUCCAUAAAUAGCUAGCUAAGACGAAAUGCAAGGCUAGCUAUCGCCUAUCACUAAGAUAGCUAGCGGUUAACAAUUAAAUACAAAUGUCAUAAAAAGUAACUUUCUAAAAUACAUAUCAUUAGCGUGGUUCAUAUGCACAUAUGUAAAUACACUCAAUAUGAGCCCUCGUUUGUAAAAAAUAAAAAUAAAUAAAAAAAAGCCAUCUUGUUCUCAUUGACUUGCAUACAAAAGUGAGCUAGCUACCUAGCUACUUGGAUUGGCUACACUCAGCUAACUCUACAAUUACGCUAGUCUUCUUCCUCCCUCCCCCUCUUCAUUUCUCUCCUCUUUUUUCUCCCUCCUUCCCUGAGAGAGUGUGGUUCUGGUCAGAAGUGCUUGGUUCAGGUAUAUCAGACCUGGUUGGAUGACCGGUUCGACCUACGUUGGUCCUGUUUUAUUCAUGCACCAUUAGGAGGACUUGAGAAGGGCUUGUUAUAAAGAUAGUGCUGAUUCCAGGUCAAAAUAACUAGUAGGGUUAGAUGACCAUUGGGUUAUAGGUAAAAUCUAAUGAAAUUGUAUUUGUCACAUGCGCCGAAUACAACGGGUGAAACUUUGCAGAGUUAAAAAAGGAAUACAAUACACAAGAAUGGAGCUAUAUACAGGGAGUACCAGUACCAGAUCAAUGUGCAGGGGUAUGAGGUACAUGAAGGCAGGAUAAAGUGACUAGGCAUCAGGAUAGUAAAAUAAAGAAGUAGCAGCAGCAUAUGAUGAGUGUAAAAGUGUGUGUGUGUAUGUGUGUUUGUGUUGUGUUGGUAUGUGUGUGCAUGUGUGUGUAUGUGGGUUUGUGUUGUCGGUAUGCGUGUCUGUGUUAUGUGUGCGUGUGUGUAUGUAGUAUAUGUGAAUGCGUGUGGGUUUUGUGUGAGAGUGUCAGUGCAGUGUGUGUGAAUAUGUAUAUAGUAGUGUGUAGUCUUGUGAUUGUGUAUAGAGUCAGUGCAAGAUAGGUUCAGUGCAGAUAGUCCGGGUAAACAUUGAUUAACUAUUUAGCGGUCAUAAGUAUUUAGGAGUCUUAUGGCUUGGGGGUAGAAGCUGACUCAGGUAGAGACUGAUGUAGCUUUCAAAGGCUUUUGACCAUUCAUUAAACUUCACCUAGAGAGAUGGAUGGAUGGAUGGAUGGAUGGAUGGAUGGAUGAAUGGAUGAAUGGAUUGAUUGAUGGUUGAAGGACAAGUGGAAGUAUUGGACAAAUUGAUGAAAGAAUGAAGAUGAAACGGAGAGUAGGGAAGGAAGGGUAACGUGUUCUGGUCCAGUCCUCUUCUCUCGUAUCAGUCCGGUAAUUAGGUGCCCAAUAGAGUUUUAAACACCUCCACCGUCACCUUGGUCUCAGCUCAGUAUUAUUAAGCUCACUGUAGAAAACAAGGACAAGUCUUAAACUGCACAGUUUCUGUGUUGUAAAAUGCAAAUAGGAUAUCACCAGCAAUACCUUUCUCUUUUCUCUCUCUUUGUCUAAUGCUACUACUUUUACUACCUCUCUGUGUCUCUAUUUCCCUGUGUCUCUUAACUCCUACAUAAACUCUCUCUUUUCUCUCCCUGUCUUCCAGGAUCACGUUCGUCCACCUGCCCUUCCAGAGUAAAUGGCUGUACAUCGGCACAGAGAAAGGAAACAUCCACAUCGUCAACGUGGAGUCCUUCACACUCUCAGGCUACGUCAUUAUGUGGAACAAAGCCAUCGAACUGUGAGUGUCAACACCAUCCACUUCGCCUCGUCACACUGUCACAAGGGCUUGUGGUGGAAUGGACAUAGCUAUCAAAGAGCCUCUUAGUCACCUCUAGGCUUCAUACACACCUGGUGGCUUCAGUAACUGCAGGUGUGAAGGAGAAAGGAUGUGAAUCACUAUCUGACUCUUAUUUAGGAGGCCUCUUCAGCAUGGGGUUAAAGUAUUUGUAAGAUACUGUGCUAUUUCAUGGGUUUUUGUUUUGCUGUUGACAUCCUCCAUUUUGUUUCUGCUCUAGAGCUUGCAUAAUUCACUCUUGAGUUUUGUAGCAUUUUCUCAAUCCUGUCUCUUCCUGUCUCAUAGUGAGGGGCGGAACAGAUGUCUGUUAAGAUCAGUGUUGGGCAUGUACAGACAUCCUGUCUCAACAGUGCUGAGAGGAAAGGGGAGAGGAGAGGAGAGGGGGAGAUGAGAGGGAGCGACAAAGACAGAAGGGGAAUAGAGGAUAAAUCAAAUCAAAUCAAAUUGUAUUUGUCACAUGCGCUGAAUACAACAGGUGUAGACCUUACAGUGAAAUGCUUACAAGCCCUUAACCAAUAAUGCAGUUUUAAGAAAGAAUACCUACAAAAAUAAGAAUGAAAGGUAACAAAUAAUUAAAGAGCAGCAGUAAAAUAACAAUUGCAGGGGGUACUGUUACUGAGUCAAGGUGCGGGGUACCGGUUAGUUGAGGUAAUUGAGGUAAUAUGUACAUGUAGGUAGAGUUAUUAAAGUGACUAUGCAUAGAUAAUAAACAGAGAGUAGCAGCAGCGUAAAAGUGGAGGGGGGGGGGGGGGGAGGGCAAUGCAAAUAGUCUGGGUAGACAUUUGAUUAGAUGUUCAGGAGUCUUAUGGCUUGGGGGUAGAAGCUUUUAGAAGCCUAUUGGACCUAGACUUGGCGCUGUGCUGUAGUCUUUGACAAUUUUUAGGGCCUUCCUCUGACACCGCCUGGUAUAGAGGUCCUGGAUGGCAGGAAGCUUUGCCCCAGUGAUGUACUGGACCGUACGCACUACCCUCUGUAGUGCCUUGCGGUCGGAGGCUGAGCAGUUGCCAUACCAGUCAGUGAUGCAACCAGUCAGAAUGCUCUCGAUGGUGCAGCUGUAUAACCUUUUGAGGAUCUGAGGACCCAUGCCAAAUCCUUUCAGUCUCCUUAGGGGGAAUAGUUUUGUCGUGCCCUCUUCACAACUGUCUUGGUGUGCUUGGACCAUAUUCGUUUGUUCUUGAAGCUCUCAACCUGCUCCACUACAACCUGUCGUUGUCCUGGCACCACACGGCCAGGUCUCUGACCUCCUCCCUAUAGGCUGUCUCGUCGUUGUCAGUGAUCAGGCCUACCACUGUUGUGUCAUCUGCAAACUUAAUGAUGGUGUUAGAGUUGUACCUGGCCAUGAAGUCAUGAGGGAACAGGGAGUACAGGAGGGGACUGAGUACGCACCCCUUGAGGGUCCCCCGUGUUGAGGAUCAGCGUGGCGGAUGUGUUGUUACCUACCCUUACCACCUGGGAACGGCCCGUCAGGAAGUCCAGGAUCCAGUUGCAGAGGAAGGUGUUUAGUUCCAGGUUCCUUAGCUUAGUGAUGAGCUUUGAGGGCACUAUGGUGUUGAACGAUGAGCUGUAGUCAAUGAAUAGGUGUUCCUUUUGUCCAGGUGGAAAAGGGCAGUGUGGAGCGCAAUAGAGAUUGCAUCAUCUGUAGAUCUGUUGGGGCGGUAUGCAAAUUGGAGUGGGUCUAGGGUUUCUGGGAUAAUGAUGUUGAUGUGAGCCAUGACCAGCCUUUCAAAGCACUUCAUGGCUACAGACGUGAGUGCUACGGGUCGGUAGUCAUUUAGGCAGGUUACCUUAGUGUUCUUGGGCACAGGGACUAUGGUGGUCUGCUUGAAACAUGUUGGUAUUACUGUCUCAGACAGGGAGAGGUUGAAAAUGUCAGUGAAGACACUUGCCAGUUGGUCAGCGUGUGCCUGGAGUACACAUCCUGGUAAUCCGUCUGGCCCUGCGGCCUGUUUAAAGGUCUUACUCACAUCGGCUACAGAGAGCGUGAUCGCACAGUCGUCUGGAACAGCUGAUGCUCUCAUGCAUGUUUCAGUGUUACUUGCCUCAAAGCGAGCAUAGAAGUAAUUUAGCUUGUCUGGUAUGCUCGUGGAGAGAGGAGAGGAGUUGAUAAAGGAGGGUGGGGGGAUAGGAGAGAAGGAGAGGUGAGAGGAUAGACAAGAGGAAGGAAAGAGUGGGUAGAGAAAGGGAAGGCGGUUUGGGGUAGAGGAACAAGAGAGGUGGAGGAGAGGAACGGGUGACAGUAUGGGUCUCUGAGGAGCAGUGCCUGACAGUCCUGGAGCUGCCAUGGUGUUCCCCGACUAAAGGGACACGUCAACACACUCUAAUACAUGCUCUACUGAACACAGUGUGUCCUCCUCUCCCCUCCUUAUCCUAUCCCCUGCUUCUCUCACUUUCACUCUCUCUGUUUCCAAAAAAACUGAACUCAAAAUCUCAAACACCUUAACCCAUACACGCUUUGAAAAACAUGUGUUUGUGUGGGCGUGUGUGUGUGUCUGUGUGAGUGUGUUCAGAAAGUUUUCACACCCCUUGACUUUUUCCACAUUUUGUUGUGUUACAAGGUGGGAUAAAAAUGUACUUCAUUGUCCUUUUUUGUCAGCGAUCUACACAAAAUACUUUGUAAUGUCAAAGUGGAAGAAAAAUUCUAACAUUUGUCAAAACAAAUAAUGAAAAAUGAAACACUAAUUUCAAUACAUGUUAGAAUCACGAUUACAGCUGUGAGUGUUUCUGGGUAAAAUUCUUCAAGCUCUGUCAAGUUGAUUUUUGAUUAUUGCUAGAUAGGCAUUUUCAAGUCUUGCCAUAUAUUUUCAAGCCACUGUAAGUCUUUAACUGUAACUAGGCCACUUACGAAUAUUCAAUGUCAUCUUGGUAAGCAACUCCAGGUUAUUGUCCCGCUGAAAGGUGAUUUUGUCUCCAAGUGUCUGUUGGAAAGCAGACUGAACCAGGUUUUCCUCUAAGAUAUUGCCUGUGCUUAGCUCUAGUCUGUUUCUUUUUAUCCCCCCCCAAAAACUCCCUAGUCCUUGACAAUGACAAGCAUUCCCAUAACAUGAUGCAGCCACCACCAUGAUUGAAAAUAUGAAGAGUCGUACUCAGUGGUGUGUUGUGUUGGAUUUGCCCCAAACAUAAGACUUUGCAUUCAGGACAUACUGUAAAGUUAAUUUAAUUGCCACAUUUUUUUGCAGUUUUACUUUAAUGCCUUAUUGCAAUCAGGAUGCGUGUUUUGGAAUAUUUGUUAUUCUGUACAGGCUUCCUUCUUUUCACUCUAUCAUUUUGGUUAGUGUUGUGGAGUAACUACAAUGUUGUUGAUCCAUCCUCAGUUUUCUCCUUUUACAGCCAUUAAACUCUGUAACUGUUUUGAAGUCAACAUUGGCUUCAUGGUGAAAUCCCUGAGUGGUUUCCUUCCUCUCUGGCAAUUGAGUUAGGAAGGAUGCCUGUAUCUUUGUAGUGACUGAGUGUAUUGAUACACCAUCAAAAGUGUAAUUAAUAACUUCACCAUGCUCAAAGGGAUAUUCAAUGUCUGCUUUUUUUUACCCAUCUACCAAUAGGUGCCCUUCUUUAAGAGGCAUUGGAAAACCUCCCUGGUCUUUGUGAUUUAAUCUGUGUUUGAAAUUCACUGCUCGACUGAGGGACCUUACAGAUAACUAUGUGUGGGGUAUAGACAUGAGGUAGUCAUUCAAAAAUCAUGUUAAACACUAUUAUUGCACACAGAUUGAGUCCAUGCAAUUUAUUAUGUGACUUGUUAAGCAAAUGUUGACUCCUUUUUACUACUUAUUUAGGCUUGCCAUAACAAAGGGGUUGAAUACUUAUUGACUCAAGACAUUUCAUCUUUUCAUUUUUAAUUAAUUAGUAAAAAUGUCUAAAAACAUAAUUCCACUUUGACAUUAUGCGGUAUUGUGUGUAGUAGUGGUGCGUGGAUCUAGGGCUGUUACGGUGACCGUAUUACCGCCACACUGGCAGUCACGAGUCAUGACCGCAGUCAAAUUCCAUGUGACCAUUUAGUCAUGGUAACUAGGCUUCUCCAAGCUCUGAUGCUGCUGAUGGUCAUUAGUAGCCUUCCAAACUUGCUAACUGCCUGGUACUCAUUACUCUAUUGUCCCUUUAAUCACUCUGACAUCAAUGUAUUCAGCCGAAGGGCACAACGGCCACUGGCCGCAAAAGGCAUGGAUGUUUUUAGGGGGCAUUAUGGCCACACUAGGUAGAUGACGCCAGGAAAUUCGAGGCAUUAUCAAGUGCUUGUCAAAUUGUGAAUGAGAGACUGAUGAUGUGUGUGCAGCCUGUUCAAGAAACAAAGCAGAGCUCAUGCCUUCCAUGCAACUUUUUUCAAAUCAACAUUAGAGUCACAUCAUGCAGCCAUAGAAUGUAUUCAAAAUCUAAACAUAUAGCCCAAUGUUUGUAUCACAUAAUUAACUCUAAAUUAAGCAUAUAUGAGGACCUGUUUCUUUGUUAACAGCUCAAGACGGAAUAGCCGCAUGUGCGCACUCCCUCAGAAAUCGUUUGAAAUCAUCCUUUCUAUUUUAUUCAGCUAUGUUCAAUUAUAUUCUUCAUACUAUGAAAUAGUAUAAAAUAAUGUCACGGAAUUCUAAGCAAAUCUUGUCUGCUAAAUGAACUAGUGUAGCCCACAGCCAAAUGGCAUAGCCAGAUCAGGGCCUAACAUAAGGAAAACUCAGACUAUGCUAUUCUGUUCUUCUGAAAUAGAUUACAUUUUCUUCAUAUCAUGUUUUUCUUUAGACCUGUCUAAAAUAAAUAAUGGAUUUAUUGUGAUGGUGUAGGCUAUAUUAAAUGGAUUUAUUAUACUUUUUUAAAUGUAGAUGUUCCAAAGGUCUGGAUCAGUGGCUUGUAGGCUAUGCGUGGAAGCCAGGAGAUGCUAAAUGUGUUUAUUUUCAUGAAAGGCCAAUUACCUUGAGACCGGCUGUUAUUUACAGGCCUCUCUCGUCUUUUUAAGUGGGAGAACUUGCACAAUUGGUGGCUGACUAAAUACUUUUUCCCCCCACUGUACAUGUGAUAAAGUGAAAAUCUCAGGCCCGCACCCAACCCUAACCCGCUAAUAUAGAAAAUGCGCUGUAGGCUACAGUCAUAGAUGGCGGAACGAUUUUUUGACAGGGGGUACAGUAUAUUUUUUUGCCUGAUUUAGAUAUGUUUCUGCAUAUAAUUUCUGACAUUUUGGUAGGCUAUUUGUUAGUCAACUUGUCUAUAGUUAUAUACAUGCAGCUUCUCUUCUGUCAUUAUAUGUUGCCCUACAAGACUAAAGAAACCCUUGCUCACCAGAAUAGUGUCAUAAAUCCAUAGAAUGCGGAGCAAAGACGUUUAGGGACCGGGGAGAAAAUGCAAUAACAAAAAAAACUGAAUGAUUUUCUGUGCACCAUUUCCAAAUGACGUGAGUUUGACCCUGAAAUAGAAAGCUCUGAAAAUGACCCAACAUGUUUAUGAUAAGAUUUCAGUUCGGCUUGUGGUUGAAAUACUAUCAGCUUUUAUUAUGCUGAUAAAGAUAGCACCUCUACAGACCAGUGGUGGUCCGUGCCAUUUAUCAUGAGGGAGGAUGAUAAUUGUUUUAUUAUUAUUGUUUCCAUUACAGCAUAUUGAAUUACUGUCAUUGAUAUUCCAUUCACCCAGCUCAAUGUAAAAUCGAUAGGUUUAGGCUACUACACGAUACUCAAAUUUUUUGUUUGCUACAACCUAGCCUACAGCAUGAAUGAAAGUUUACAACGUAGGUGCACAGGUUGAGAGAUUUUUUUGUAAUCAAGGGGGCAGACAGUGAUGCAUUCUAUACCACCUUGCACACUCUUGCCUGCAUCUACCUGAUAUAGGGUGUAAUCAUUAGUCCAACAGUUCCAAAUGUGAGUUUUUAUUGGAUAAAUUCCAGUAUGUUUAUCCCCAUUCCGUUCAGUUUGCUUCCGUUUAAGAAAUGUUUUUCAACAGAAUCGGUGGAAUGAAUGCACCCUUGAUCACAUGCAAACACAGUUCACUUUCAUAGCAGCCACAUAAAAACAGCAUGAUCACUUUGCUCGUUGUAUAUACAGUACCUUCAGAAAGUUUUCACACCCCUUGACUUUUUCCACAUUUUGUUACGUUACAGCCUUAUUCUAAAAUGGAUUAAAUAAAUAAAAAUCCCCAAGAACACAAUGGCCUCCAUCAUUAUUAAAUGGAAGAAGUUUGGAAACACCAAGACUCUUCCUAGAGCUGGCCGCCCGGCCAAACUGAGUAAUCGGGGAAGAAGGGCCUUGGUCAGGGAGGUGACCAAGAACCCGAUGGUCACUCUGACAGAGCUCUAGAGUUCCUCUGUGGAGAUGGGAGAACUUUCCAGAAGGACAACCAUCUCUGCAGCACUCCACCAAUCAGGCCUUUAUGGUAGAGUGGCCAGACGGAAGCCACUCCUCAGUAAAAGGCACAUCACAGCCCGCUUGGAGUUUGCCAGAAGGCACCUAAAGACUCUCAGACCAUGAGAAACAAGAUUAUCUGGUCUGAUGAAAACAAGAUUGAACUCUUUGGCCUGAAUGCCAAGCUUCACGUCUGGAGGAAACCUGGCACCAUCCCUACGGUGAAUCAUGGUGGUGGCAGCAUCAUGCUGUGGGCAUAUUUUUCAGAGGCAGGGACUGGGAGACUAGUCAGGAUCGAGGGAAAAAUGAUCGGAGCAAAGUACAGAGAGAUCCUUGAUGAAAACCUGCUCCAGAGCGCUCAGGACCUCAGACUGGGGUGAAGGUUCACCUUCCAACAUUACAAUGACCCUAAACACACAGCCAAGACAAAACAGGAGUGGCUUCGGGACAAGUCUCUGAAUGUCCUUGAGUGGCCCAGCCAGAGCCCGGACUUGAACCUGAUCGAACAUCUCUGGAGAGACCUGAGAAUAGCUGUGCAGCAACUCUCCCCAUCCAACCUGACAGAGCUUGAGAGGAUCUGCAGAGAAUAAUGGGAGAAACUCCCCAAAUUCAGGUGUGCCAAGCUUGUAGCGUCAUACCCAAGAAGACUCGAUGCUGUAAUCGCUGCCAAAGGUGCUUCAACAAAGUACUGAGUAAAGGGUCUGAAAACGUAUGUAAAUGUAAUAUUUCAGUUUUAUAUUUUUUAAUAAAUUUGCUAAAAUGUCUAAUAACUUGUUUUUGCUUCAUCAUUAUGGGGUAUUGUGUGUAGAUUGAUGAGGAUUUUUUUUAUUUUUUUAUCAAUUUUAGAAUAAGGCUGUAACGUAAAAAUGUGGAAAAAGCUAUCUCUCUCUCUCGCUCUUUCUCUCUCUUGCAUCUCCUUAAUUCUGGAAUAAAUAAAUUUGUUCAACACUUUUCAACUAAUGUCUUUCUCUCCCUUUGAGUCAACCACUCACCACAUUUAAUUUACUGCAGUGCUAGCUAGCAGUAGCUUAUGCUUUCAGUACUAGAUUCAUUCUCUCUCUUUUGAUUGGGUAGACAACAUGCCAGUUCAUGCUGUAAGAGCUCUGAUAGGUUGGAGCACGUCCUCCGGAAGUUGUCAAAAUUACAGUCUAUGGAAGAGGGUGAGAACCAUGAGCCUCCUAUGUUUUGUUUUGAAGUCAAUAUACCCAGCGGAGGACAGUAUCUAGCUGUCCUCCGGCUACACCAUGGUGCUACCCUACAGAGUGCAGCUGAGGCUACCGUAGACCUUCAUUGCAAAACAGUGUGGUUUAAUCAAUUAUUUGGUGACAUGUUGAUAUAUUUAGUAUAGUUUUAUCUAAAUAGGAUAACUUUUUUAAUGUUUCACUAUUUUUAUUUUUAUGAAAUUUGCUGAGGAGGAUCGUCCUCCCCUUCCUCUUCUGAGGAGCCUCCACUGCUAAAGACGGUAUCUAACUGAGCAUUCGCAUUCUCUCAAGAUGUUGAAAUAAAUAAAUCAUUUUUCUCCACUCCAGUUCCCGAGUCCAAAUUUUGCCUACAUUUAGUGUAUAAUUUUAGUGCAAGAAAUGCUUAAUUUUGCAGGAGUUAAUAUUAAGGCUAUGUGUGAGACGUUAUAGACCUACCGUCAAUGUCCAAAUUUCAGUUUCCAUUUAACCCAUCUGAACAGUAAACAGUAGACUACAGUUCCCUUGACGUGCCAUAGGCCUAUUUGAAGUCCACGUUUUGUGACUGUCGAAUUUGUAUAGCGCCUCACAAUCCUCAAACAUAACAUAGCCGGUACUGCUAUCAUCCUCUUUUACCAUUUCACCAAAUAUGUUCCAAACAUUAGUUUGCUGGCCCUCCCUUCUCUUUAUUAUCAACUCUCCAUUUCACAUCUUUUCUGUUAUUGAAUUAAACUCCGACAUUGUCCUUUUUGCCUCCGUGAAUUGACAUAAACUUUUUCUGCCUGUUCCCAAAAGCAUUUGUCGAUUGGCGUGUAAGUUAUCUCUUUAUUCAACCCGCCUGCCACCCACCCGCCCUUCAUCCACCCAAUAUUUAAUGACCCUAAACCCGUCCACCCUGCGGAUAUAACUGUGGGGAUUUCGGGUUAUGAGUCAACCUGUGCAUCACUAGUGUGUAGGCUAGUGACACAAAAUCUUAAUUUAAUCUAUUUUAAAUUCAGGUUGUAACACAACAAAAUGUGGAAAAAGUCAAGGGGUGUGAAUACUUUCUGAAGGCACUGUAUAUGUGGGUGUGUGGCCCAUAUUCAGUUCUGAUGACAACAGUAUAUCUGCACACAAAGGCUUUUUGAUAAGGGAAUAUCUGAGAGUGCUUCAGAUGGCACUUUCUCUCUCCUUCUCUCGCUCCGUCCUCUCUCUCCUUCUCGCUUUCUCUCUCAUUUUAUUCUGGGCUGCUGGAAUGAAUGGUAGAUACCUCGACUGCCUUUAUCUUCUCCUAUUGUCCUCUUUUGAUGCUGUCAUCAGGGAGGGACAGUGGAGUGGGCGGCUGAGGGAACAAUGAAAACGGCGCUCUCCAUAUUGCACCACCUCAGUAUUGCACUACAUAGAGAAAAAUACACAAGAUCAGAGCACCCAACAUUACAGAGGGGAACCAAACACUGUCAAGCAGAUUACUAGGAAAUACUGCAGCACUCAAUACUAGAGCAGAACACUGCAGUUCAGUUCUGUUCUAGUUUAGUACACCAAGUACUUCUAGGUAACAGUAUGGUAUACACUGUAGUUGUGUUCUAGAUUAGACUAGGCAUAGUGAAGAACAGUGCCACCAGUUUACUUGACCAAAGAGUAUGUGACAUACAGCAGUGGCAAUAGUGGGACAUUACAAAGCCAGUCAUCACCAUCCCUGUAGUCAUCACAUAAACCAGUCAUCAUAGCCCAGCUCAGUAUCCCAGGUCAGAAUCAGGUGUGGGUGAGGCUAGUACAGUGUGCCUAUUAGCUAUCCUCCCUCUCUCUAUAUAUCUGUGUAGAGAGUAUAGCAACAAUGGCUAGCUAGAUUCUGUUCUGUGCUUCAGUGUAUGGUAAACAUCCCUAGGCCAGGCCAAUGCUAUUUAAAGACUGCAUUUAGUAACCAUACCUCUGGCUCUGGGCCUAGCCUGGAACUACACUGUGUGUGUGACUUACUCCCCUCCUCUUGUACCGCCAUCACCAAAGGCGAGGAGGCCAGGUCAUGUGUGAAUGAGAACAUGCAAUUAAAGUGUGUGUGUGUUAUGAGUCAUAGUCAGGGAUGUGGUCAAGGGAAAACUAUAACAGGAGUAAGGGUCCACUAUGACACACAGUUCAUGUUAACACCAGAGGGUGUUCUCUCUCCCUCUUUCCCCUUCCUCUGCUUUAUUCCUGUAUUUUGCUGCCUCUCUGUGUCCGUGUGUGUCACAGGAAGUUGGUGGCACCUUAAUAGGUUAGGUUGGAAUAGGUUGAACGGGAUCAAAUACAUGGUUUCCAAGUGUUUGAAGCCAUUCCAUUCACUCCGUUCCAGUGAUUAUUAUGAGCCGUCCUCCCCUCAGCAGCCUCCACUGGUGUGUGUGUGUAUGAAAAUGCAUAAUUCAGUCAUUACUUACCCAUUACCCUGCAUCGUGAGUGAGUAUGUGUGUGUGUGUGAGAGAGUCCCAUGCAGUCAGGGUUUUCCGACGUGGCCCAGACACAGAGGGAGCCCAGCCCCAGCUGGCACCAGCAGACUGUCCCUGUCACACAGACAGAACCCCAGAGACAGGACUUCUGAUCCCCAUCCAGACCUCCCUGGACCUCCCUAGACCCAGAUAUCUAACCCCCACACCCUCCCCAGUCUCCCCAGGCCCAGGGCUCUGGAAACUUCUCUCCCACAUCAGCCCCUACUGUACCAUCCAGACCUCCAGGCCUGUAGGGAGUGGUGCUCCAGGGAUAGACCCAGCUCUGUGACUUCUCCGGUGGGGAGACAGUGAUCUAAUCAGCCAAUCCUCCAGGGGAACCAGACGGUAGCAAAGCUGACCCACUAGUCCUCACACUCCACUCCACUUCACCACAGAGGUCGGCUGCAAUUGGCUGACAAUUACAGGCUGCAAGAAAGAAUGAAAGCCUUGGGAUGAAUGUUACCCUCUCUGAUGAAUGUUACCCGCCUACCAUUCGUCUUUCCUCUUCCGCCAUCGCUCUUUCUUCCUUUCUUUCUUUCUUUCUUUCUUUCUUUCUUUCUUUCUUUCUUUCUUUCUUUCUUUCUUUCUUUCUUUCUUUCUUUCUUUCUUUCUUUCUUUCUUUCUUUCUUUCUUUCUUUCUUUCUUUCUUUCUUUCUUUCUUUCUUUCCACUCCCCCUCUCUGACAAAAUCUCUCUCUGACUCCUCUUUUUUGUUAGCGCAUUGUGAUAACUGCACCUACAAUAUACCACUUCCCCGAAUACACAUACUGUAAACAGGUAGUCAAAACAUAUUGUUUGAUGGUGGCAUGUUGCUAGGGGUGUUAAUGCCAUUUUGCCAUAGGUCAGGGUGACUGUAUUUUCGCCUGUUUCAGUGCUUGGAUGCUUGUGUUGCCUGCAGAUAUACCAGGUGUUCUGAGCUGUGUGUGUGUGUGUGUGUUUGUGUGUCUGUCUGUGUGUGUGUUAGAGUAUGUGAGCGGAGCGGAGCUGGAGCGGAGCGUGCCCAAUUUGACUGGAGCGCAGAGCGAGAUUCUCAAAGGCUGGAGCGUCGGCCUUCUCACCCGUUCCAAUUUCGCUCCAGUAGCGCUCACUUCACCGGCUCAGGGCAUGCCCGGCCCAGCAUGCAUUUGUAGCCUACUUGUGUGCUGCUAUAGCCCUUUGCUUUAGCUACUGUAAUGGAGUUCGCUAAAUAUUUUCAUAAAGAAACGUAUAGAACACACAGGUGCUAAAUGAGGACCAAGAGCAAGAGAGGGAGUGUGGUGAUGUAGGGUACACAACUAAAGAAUCAUUGUGGAAUCUGAAAAGACACGUAUCCCGAAAGCAUGAUGGUGUACUUACUACGUGCACAUGCUAAAAGAAAGGAACGAGGUGGGUAGAUAACUAAGUGUGUCAUUGUAGCAAAGUGUUUAUAAACAAAAAAUCAGAGCUCUUAAACGUUUAGUUGUUCUAUUAUCUAAUCCAGGGUUCUUCAACUAGGUUUGGCCUCGUGCCAAUUAUUUCUGAGCUAAUAGUUGGGGAGCCAGAACAUAUUUAGCAUAUAAUAUUAGCACAAUUAAUUGGCCUACACUACUAAUUGAACAACAUUUUUAACAUAUCUGAUUAAUACAUAAUACAUUCAGUGACAAUAACAUCAUCAUUUCGAUCUGAUUACACUCAUAAAAUCACCAAUGUCUCUAUUAAAUUAUUACUUUUGUCUAUUUCUCUGUGUGUUGAUUUGUGGGGAAAAACAGGUCUACGUAGCCUACUGUAGGUUACACUACUUUUUUAACGUCAACAUUUGUUCAGAACAAUUAGCUUGAUAGCAAGAGAAAAUGUCGCUCUCAAAAAGUAUCAAAAGAAAGGUGGAUAAUGAAAAUCGACAUUUCAGGGAAGAUAUGCGUUCAACUUAACAUCUUUUCCCAAUGCCAAGUCAGUGUGUAUUAUUUGCAAUUAAGAUGUCGCUGCUUGCAAAUAAUUCAAUCUCAGACGUCAUUAUGAAUCUAAGCAUGGAACUUUCAAAGUGGCCAUCCCGUCCCAGACAAAGGCCCAACGCAGAAACAUUGAAGCGUUAACUACAAGCUACACACACUGCUUUUUUGGCUGACAUAUUCUGUCACUUAAACGGGUUAAAUCUGCAGUUACAAGGAAGAGGGAAAACAGUUGUGUACAUGGUGGAAAAACCAUGUACUUUGGACUUGUCAUCUGGAAGGCUAGUGCACUUCAGGACACUGAAUAAGUUACAGACAGAGGGACCAGGCCACAGCAUUGUCACAAAGGUGAUGGAAGAUUUCAUCAAACAGCUGAGGGACAACUUCUCCACCAGAUUUGAAGACUACAGCAUGCCCAAGGAUAUAAUUGCGUUUGUACGUGAUCGUCUCACAGUCCGCCCAGGUGGAGAAUUAUCCUCCCUUGCUAAGAAAACGAUACCUUCGCUGAAUGAGGCUGCAAUUCAAACUGAGCUGAUUGAAUUCCAGACAUCGAGCCAAAUCAGGGAUGCGCUCAGGAGUGCCGAGUUCUUGUGUGCGUUUUGGGUGGCAUUCUCAGUGGAAUACAGCACAAUAAAGAAACUUGUGUUUUAUGUGCUAACAACGUUUAGAUCUACUUACACCUGCGAGUCCUCAUUUUCCUCUAUGAAUGCAAUAUAGACUCAUGACAGGAACCGGCUUUCACAUAAGUCAGACUGCCUGCGUAUUAAAAUCACAUCCAUCUCACCCGACAUCCACAAGAUCGUGUCCGAGUAAAUAACUUAGUGGCCUAUAUGAGUGUAUUUAGUAAAUACUAACAUUAUUGUGAGUUCUUAUCCAGGGCUAUUUAGGGCUCAAGCUGACAGUAUUUUCUGUUUGUUCUGUCGUUACAGGAGCAGGCUAUCCCGAGACUCCCGAUACAGACAUUCAGACACAGACAUUGUCAUUUUUUCUUUAAAUGAUUGUUUUAUGUAGGAUGCUACAUUUUUGGCCAGUUGCAAUUGUAAGUAUAUAUAUAUUAGGCCAUAUAUUUUUUUAUUGUGAAAGAUGCUGUUAAGCCUCAUAGCUUACUCCAGUGAGUUAAGUUAUUUUAUAUAGGCCUAGGUUUGGAAGAAAUAGACUCCAAUUAAGCCCUGUUGUUGUUUGUAAAGUCAAAUUAAAAUGAAGAUUAUUGUUGAAAUUAAAUACUCAACUGUUGUAGUUUUUCUCCAUCUGUUGCUGUGCGCCACUUGCAUAACAAGUUAGCUAUAUUUUCAGCACCAGGCUUUUUGCACCUCCCAUUGAUUGCACAGCAGUUUCAACUUUACGUUUCAGCACCACAAAUUGGUCCGCUGCCUGCUUUAUUAGUUGACUGUCUCAUUUUAAAUGUUUAAAAUUUUUGUCAUUUAGCAGACGCUCUUAUCCAGAGCGACAUACAGUUAAUGAGUGCAUACAUUUUCAUACUGGCCCCCCGUGGGAAUCGAACCCACAACCCUGGCAUUGCAAACGCCAUGCUCUACCAACUGAGCUACAUGAAUGAAGUUAAAAUGUAACUUUUGCAUUAUUUAGGUAGGGUAACGUCUGUCGUGACGUGACUUUAACAUCAAUCUGAAGACUGAUAUCUCUAAUUAACUAACUAUGUUUAAUUGUUACCCGAUUAAAUUAAUAAUGUAACAAUUAACUAAUUAGGAUUAGAAAUCGUGAAUGUCAUGGAUACAUUAGAACUAGUAGAUAUAUGGAGGCUUAAAUAUCCUGAUCUAGUGAGAUAUACAUGGCGGAGACUCAAUCAAGCUAGUCGUCUUGACUUCUUUCUUAUCUCAUUCUUGUUGGCACCAAAAGUUUAAAAAGUGUUGAUAGGGGACAGAAUGCGGUCGUACCAUCAUAUAAUUGGCAUAUACAUUACUCUUACUGAAUUUCCACGUGGGCGAGGAUAUUGGAAAUUUAAUCAAAGCCUAUUGGAUGAUAAUUUAUUUUUAACUAGGACAAAGGAAUUUAUAACUGACUUUUUCUGACAUAACAUAGGUACAGCAAAUCCCCUUAUUGUAUGGAACACCUUUAAAUGUGCCUUUAGAGGCCAUGCAAUUCAGUACUCAUCUCGAAAACAAAAACAAUUUUGGUCAAAGGAGUUUAUACUAACAAAGGAAAUAGAAAGUCUAACAGAACAGAUAUAUGGCAAUAAAAACUGUAACAUAGAGGCUCAGAAUAAAUUUGAUGAAAAACAAAAAUAAAUGGAGAAACUUAUUCAAGAAAGAUCAAGUGUAAUAUAUUAUAAAAAUAAAGCAAACUGGAUGGAAUAUGGGGAAAAAUGCACCAAAUUAUUUUUUAAUCUUCAACAUAGGAAUGCUACCAAAAAUAAUGUUAUGAAACUGGUUACAAUUGACGGAGUAACCCAUGAUUCACCAAAUGAUAUUUUGAAGGAGGAAACAAGGUACUUUAAGCAUAUGUUUUCGUUUCAGUCGCCUCCAUCUCCUCUAACUGAAGCUAAUUGUAGAGAUUUUUUUCUAUUGAUAAUGUAAAAUUAACAGCCAAACAGAAAGACUCAUGUGAAGGUGAAAUUACAGAGGAGGAACUUCUGGAUGCAAAUAAAGACUUUAAGUCCGGGAAAACUCCAGGGUUGGAUGGCAUACCAGUCAAAGUAUACCAAACCUUUUUUGAUAAACUAAGAGGACCGUUAUUAGCAUGUUUUAACCACUCCUAAGUAAAUGGUAGAUUAUCUGACAUUCAAGAAGAAGGUCUGAUCUCAUUAUUACUGAAACAGAAUACAAGUGGAAAAUAUAAAGAUCCAGUCCAUUUAAAACAUUGGAGGCCCCUUACACUUCAGUGUUGUGAUGCAAAAAUUCUAGCAAAAUGUAUAGCGCAUAGAAUGAAAAAGGUAUAUUAUUGCCUUAUAUUAUUCAUUCUAAUCAGACAUGUUUUUUACAUGGAAGAUACAUUGGAGAUAAUAUAAGGCAAGUAUUGGAAACAAUAGAACAUUAUGGAAAAUCUGAGAAACCAGGCCUGCUAUUCAUAGCAGACUUCGAAAAGGCAUUUGAUAAAGAACGACUGGGGUUUAUAUAUAAAUGCCUGGAGCAUUUCAAUUUUGGUGAAUCUCUUAUAAAAUGGGUCAAAAACAUGUAUAGUAACCCUAGGUGUAAAAUAGUAAAUAAUGGCUAUUUCUCAGAAAGUUUUAAACUGUCAAGAGGAGUGAAACAAGGUUGUCCACUAUCGGCAUAUCUAUUUAUUGUGGCCAUCGAGAUGUUAGCUAUUAAAAUCAGAUCCAACAAUAAUUUCAGGGGAUUAGAAAUACAGGGCUUAAAAACAAAGGUGUCAUUGUACGCUGAUGAUUCAUGUUUUCUUUUAAAUCCACAACUAGAAUCACUCCAGAGCCUCAUAGAGGAUCAAUAUACAUUUUCUAACCUCUCUGGAUUACAACCAAAUUAUGACAAAUGUACUAUAUUACGUAUUGGAUCAAUAAAAAAUACAAUUUUUACAUUGCCAUGUAGUUUACCAAUAAAAUGGUCUGAUGGUGAUGUGGAUAUACUCGGAAAUAAAUGAUCUCACUUCAAUAAAUUAUAAUAGAAAGUUAGCAAAAAUAGAUAAGAUCUUGCUACCAUGGAAAGGUGGGUGCCUGUCAAUUUGUGGAAAAAUCACCCUGAUUAACUCUUUAGUAUUAUCCCAGUUUACCUAUUUGCUUAUGGUCUUGCCUAUGCCUAGCGAACAGUUUUUUAAAUUAUAUGAGAAAAAAAUAUUCCAUUUUAUUUGGAACGGCAAGCCAGUCAAAAUUAAACGGGCCUAUUUAUAUAAUGAAUAUGAAUUCGGAGGACAGAAAUUAUUAAACAUUAAAGCAUUAGACCUAUCACUAAAGCUUCAGUCAUACAAAAGUUAUACUUAAAUCCGAAUUGGUUCUCUAGCAAAUUAGUAAGAUUGUCUCACCCAAUGUUCAAGAAUGGCCUUUUUCCCUUUAUUCAGAUUACAACCACUCACUUUCAGUUAUUUGAAAAGGAAAUCAUCUCCCAGAUAUCACUAUUUCUAAAACAAGCCAUAUAAAGUUGGUUGCAAUUUCAAUUUAAUCCUCCAGAAACGACAGAACAAAUAAUGCAACAAAUAUUGUGUUUAAACUCAAAUAUACUAAUUGACAAAAAACCUUCAUUUUUUUGACAAAAUGUUUAAAAAAUGUAUAAUCUUUGUAAAUGAUAUCAUCGGUAGGACUGGUGGAGUUAUGUCGCACAUGCAGCUAACAAAAACAUAUGGAAAUGUCUGCUCUACCCAAAAUCACAACCAAAUAAUUGCAGCCUUACCGCAAAAAUGGAAGAGGAAAGUGGAAGGAGAAAGUAAGGAACUUGUCUGUCGGCCUUGCAUCAAAUAACAUAAUUGGUUAAGGAAAACUGUGAUAAAUAAAAAAGUAUAUGAGUUUCAUUUCAGGACCAAAGGAUUGACAGCCGUCCCAUAUAGAUUGCAAAAUAGUUGGGAAGAGAUUUUUGACGUACCGAUCCCAUGGCAUAGUGUUUAUGAACUGAUACGCAAAACGACACCGCAUUCAAAACUUAGAAUCUUUCAAUUUAAAUUAUUAUAUAAAAUUAUUGCUACCAAUAGAAUGUUAUUUAUAUGGGGGAUACAAUCUUCCCAGCUCUGCAGAUUUUGCUGCGAAGAGAGAAUCAUUAGAUCAUUUGUUUUGGUACUGUCCAUUUGUAGCUUGUUUUUGGACACAGGUCCAGGAAUGGCUAAAGGAUUGCAAUAUUUACCUGGAGCUAACCCUGCAGAUAGCACUACUGGGUGAUCUGAAAAGUCAUAGUCAAUUGAUCAAUAACAUUGGGGAGCUUUUCUGAAGGAGCAUAGUUAGAAAGAUAUGGCAUAUAGAAGCAAACCGGAUGGACAUCAUGAAAAUGAUCGGAGAGGUUAAAACUAGAAGAAGUUCAGGAGAAAGAACAAACAAAAUGUAAUUAUUUUAAAAUUAUGGACUGGUCCAUAAAAUGUAGAUAGUGGGUAUGGGCUGGAAGUAGAGGCCUAGGCCUUGUUGUUCACUUGAUUACUCCAAGUGGGGAAAGGGUGGCGGGUUGGAAAGUAAUAAAGGGGAAUAUAUAUAUUUUUUUUAAAGGAUAUGUAUGUGUAUGUAUGUAUGCAUGUGGGUGUGUAUGUGUGUAUAUGUAUAUGUAUUUGUGUAUGUGUAUAUAUAUGUAUGUAUGUGUGUAUAUAUGUAUAUAUAUACAGUGGGGAGAACAAGUAUUUGAUACACUGCCGAUUUUGCAGGUUUUCCUACUUACAAAGCAUGUAGAGGUCUGUAAUUUUUUAUCAUAGGUACACUCCAACUAUGAGAGACGGAAUCUAAAACAAAAAUCCAGAAAAUCACAUUGUAUGAUUUUUAAGUAAUUAAUUUGCAUUUUAUUGCAUGACAUAAGUAUUUGAUACAUCAGAAAAGCAGAACUUAAUAUUUGGUACAGAAACCUUUGUUUGCAAUUACAGAGAUCAUACGUUUCCUGUAGGUCUUGACCAGGUUUGCACACACUGCAGCAGGGAUUUUGGCCCACUCCUCCAUACAGACCUUCUCCAGAUCCUUCAGUUCUCGGGGCUGUCGCUGGGCAAUACGGACUUUCAGCUCCCUCCAAAGAUGUUCUAUUGGGUUCAGGUCUGGAGACUGGCUAGGCCACUCCAGGACCUUGAGAUGCAUCUUACGGAGCCACUCCUUAGUUGCCCUGGCUGUGUGUUUCGGGUCGUUGUCAUGCUGGAAGACCCAGCCACGACCCAUCUUCAAUGCUCUUACUGAUCUCUUACAAGAUCUCGCGAUACAUGGCCCCAUCCAUCCUCCCCUCAAUACGGUGCAGUCGUCCUGUCCCCUUUGCAGAAAAGCAUCCCCAAAAAGUGAUGUUUCCACCUCCAUGCUUCACGGUUGGGAUGGUGUUCUUGGGGUUGUACUCAUCCUUCUUCUUCCUCCAAACACGGCGAGUGGAGUUUAGACCAAAAAGCUCUAUUUUUGUCUCACCAGACCACAUGACCUUCUCCCAUUCCUCCUCUGGAUCAUCCAGAUGGUCAUUGGCAAACUUCAGACGGGCCUGGACAUGCGCUGGCUUGAGCAGGGGGACCUUGCGUGCGCUGCAGGAUUUUAAUCCAUGACGGCGUAGUGUGUUACUAAUGGUUUUCUUUGAGACUGUGGUCCCAGCUCUCUUCAGGUCAUUGACCAGGUCCUGCUGUGUAGUUCUGGGCUGAUCCCUCACCUUCCUCAUGAUCAUUGAUGCCCCACGACGUGAGAUCUUGCAUGGAGCCCCAGACUGAGGGUGAUUGACCGUCAUCUUGAACUUCUUCCAUUUUCUAAUAAUUGUGCCAACAGUUGUUGCCUUCUCACCAAGCUGCUUGCCUAUUGUCCUGUAGCCCAUCCCAGCCUUGUGCAGGUCUACAAUUGUAUCCCUUAUGUCCUUAUACAGCUCUCUGGUCUUAGCCAUUGUGGAGAGGUUGGAGUCUGUUUGAUUGAGUGUGUGGACAGGUGUCUUUUAUACAGGUAACGAGUUCAAACAGGUGCAGUUAAUACAGGUAAUGAGUGGAGAACAGGAGGGCUUCUUAAAGAAAAACUAACAGGUCUGUGAGAGCCGGAACUCUUACUGGUUGGUAGGUGAUCAAAUACUUAUGUCAUGCAAUAAAAUGCAAAUUAAUUACUUAAAAAUCAUACAAUGUGAUUUUCUGGAUUUUUGUUUUAGAUUCCGUCUCUCAUAGUUGGAGUGUACCUAUGAUAAAAAAUUACAGACCUCUACAUGCUUUGUAAGUAGGAAAACCUGCAAAAUCGGCAGUGGAUCAAAUACUUGUUCUCCCCACUGUAUAUAUAUAAAAAAUUAAAAAAACAUGGGGAAUUGGAAGUGAUGCAGACAAUUACAUUGAUGGAAGUUACAAUCUUUCCCCCCCCCAAAAAAGAUUAAAAAACAGAAAAAAAACAGAGGCUUACUUAUGCUUCAGUAUUACACAAACAGGACCAUCCUUUUAUACACUCUGCUCGAAAGGGCCGGUUCCAUCAGGCUGACACGCUCUCUGACCUCACAACUACUUACUGUGCAAAGCUUAUGGAAAACAAUUAUCUCUUAUAGCGUUCUCAAAUCACAUCCUCUUAACAAAAAUACUUGCAUAAUUUUUCAUAUUAUAUGCACAACAUAUAGGAUGGACACUUCGUACAUGUACUGGGUAUACUUUCCAAGUUACAGUAUUUCCUUUAUAACAUUUUUAAUGACAUCACAAAAUAACAACCCAAUUGACAUUAGUUCUAUAGAUCACUUCUGACCAUUCUCCACGUUCUAUGUUAGAAAUAUUGUUCCAGUAUUCGCUUUAGAACAUGUUAGAGUUUCGGCGGGAAAAGUCUGUGGACACAAAGGCACAUUCCUCUGGUGAACAUUGGAGAGGGAGACCUGAAUCUUCUCUCCUUGAUUUACAACAGGGCGUGAGGUGUCAACCCCCCACCAGUUCCCUCCUUCCCCUCCUCUGGGGGCUUUGGGGGGCCAAAUAAUAUUGUUGGUGGGACAGAUUUGGCCUGUGGCCUGCCAGUUGGGGAACCCGGAUCUAUACAAUAGCCAUAAUUGAUUUUGGCCCAAUAGACCUGGCAUAUUCCCAUGUUCAAGGAUCAUUCUGUUUUGAUUGGGUUAUGUUUUCUUAAAAACCUUUAGGCCUACCUAUAUACAUUUUUGUUAAACUCUGCAUAUCUGCCCAGCCUGGCAAGAGUGGCCAAAAGGGUAUUUAGCAUCCCCAGUGGCUCUGCAAGUGAGGAGAGGAUAUUCUCCGCUGCUGGCCUGCUCUCCAGGCACCAUCGCAUGAGCCUGAAGCCACAGAAUGGCCAAAGUCGUGUUUCUAAAAAUGAAUUCAAAGGCACUAAUAAAUCAUUUUUAGUUAAAUUUGUAUUUAAUUCUAAGUAAGUCACAGCCUAUAUGUGCAAUUUAUAGACUAUAAUGAUUUAACACAACGAAAUGUUGUUUAAAUGCUGAGCGCUUUUUGUCCCUACCAGCCUAUUGUGUCACACUCGCAAAUGCUUCACAGUGUAUUUCUUUGUAGGCUAUAGCCUUGAAAUAUUUGAAAUUAAAUAGACUAAAUAAUUCAUUUUCGACCUCCUGUCUGGAUCCUGACCUAUUUAGAGUAUUUAUAUGCUGUUUAAUAUGACAUGUAGCUUAUUUGAAAUGAUGUGCGCUUCUUACAUUCACCUUUUCAUGUUUAUUCAAAUACUUUUCAUUCAAAAUCCACAUGCUUUGGUUUCAAUACUUUAAAACCAAAUGGUAGGUCCAGGUUGUCACAAAAAUAAAUGGGUGUUGGUUAAAUUGUGAUUUUAAUGAAUGGAGCGAAUUUGGAGCGUCCGUUUUUUUCCCUGAGAGCACAGAGCGGUUUUAGGAGCGGGAUUCCCAACCCCUCAAAUCAGCUCACAUGCUCUGGUGUGUGUGUGUGUGUGUGUGUGUAUGCGUGUGUGUGUGUGUGUGUGUGUGUGUGUGCUGAUACUAUCAUUUGUGAUACACACCACAGGUGGUUGAUGGUGUUUGUGUGUAUGAUAUCCGCUAUGGGACAUUGGGUUUGAUGGCGUAAAAAUGGUGUGUGUGUAUUGAAUAUGUGUGUGUGUGAAUGUGAUGGAUGCAAUAUGAUAUGGGCUAAAGUGAAUGCCAUCCAUAUAGAAGUCAGAUUCCACAGCAGGUGCUUUCCAUUAUGAGAGAAGUAUGGGGUGUGGAAUUCAGGCCUCUACAUCUUGUCAUUCAUUUUCACACUCUUGCACAGGUACAGAUGUAGAGCCUUGUAGGGGUUCCUCUCAAUACUCUAUUGUCGACCAAGUAAAGGGACAAAGGACUCUGCAUUGUUGGAAAAUUGACCCGUAAGUAAGCAUUUAACUGUUAGCCUACAACUGUUGUUUAUGAAGCAUGUGACAAAUACGUUUGAUUUGAUUUGCCCUGGACGGGUGAGAUAGUAAAGGAAUCUUGGUCCCUGCUCCCAACACAACUUGCCUCUUAAUAUAUUCUGUACACUUGACUAGAUCUAGUGAGGAAGGCUUCAGAAUGUUUUGCUAUCACAGUGACAACCUGAAGUGAGAUAGUGUGUGUACUAGCAGGACUGAGGAACCUACCUAGUAACCCCUCCCUCUUUAGACCUUACAGAAUAGGUGAGACGCACCUACUCCAGGGCAAGUAUUCUACAUCAACUCAAUGUUACUUAUAAAACCUCUGUUUAUAUUUAUUUUCAAUUAUCAAGUUUGACAGAAUAAAGAAAAUGAUUAGUUUACUUGUAAGCAGGGGUUGGAACCUAAAUUAUUUUCCAAUCGUUUUGUUUUGAACAGAAUCACUAUUGUUUUUGUUCCGUUACACUGUUCCGACCAGCAAAAUAAAGUUCUGAACCGGUUCGAACCCCCAAAAAGUACCAGUUUAUAUCGUUCCUUUCUGUUACUUUUUUUAACCUUUGAAAUCAACCAUUUUUUUACAUUUAGCUCAUUCAAUUACUUCACCAAUCAGUGCGGAUAGAACAGGCAAGCUAGUUGUUUACAUGCGUGAUGGACAGAGUGUAGCCUAUGGCAUAAGAUGCGACUGAAAUUUUGCAAGUGGGGAGAAAGCGAGAGAGGGUUGAGGAGGAGGCUUGAAGAGCAGGACAUCUUGUAAUGACAUGCUUUAUCUGAAUGAGGUCCACAUAAUUAUACCUGGGAGGAGCGGCUUCUAUGAAGGAACUUUGAAUAUCCUUUGAGCUAGCUAGCUAACAACCUUGAGCUAGCUAGCUAACAAGCUUAAGCUAGCAAGCUAACAAACUUGUGUGUGCAGAGCGGCACCAGAAUAAAAAACACUUUUUACCUUUUUGUCGUUAAUAAAUCCAAUGUGAAACGUGAUAACUAGGCCUAUAGUAUCCUUAACUAGCAUUGAAAAAGUGAAUCCAUUCUUCUCAAGCUAAUUAAACAUCUCUCUCCCUAUCUUCUGAAUCACGCUGGUAACAUCAGUACAGUAGCCUAUGCUUCGGAGGGUGGAGGGGCAGCUAGCCUAAACACGCACACACACUGGCAAAGAGUUUCAGCUUGCAGGCAGACACUGGCAUACGUUUCUGAGUGACACAGUGUGGGCUUUGCAUAGGCGCUUAGUUGCAUUUUUUUUUGUGGGACUAUAAAAAAAUGCCUGGAAUGUAAAAUAACAUUAUUAAAUGGUUCCCAUGCUUUUAAAAUAAUGGUUCUGUUGCGGAACAGUAUAUGGAUCACUUUCGUUCCCGGUUCUAGGUUUACGCACUAAUGCCAGAUAGCCUAAAAUAAUGAAAGAAUAACCUAAAGUAGCCUAUAGAUAUAAAUUGCACAAGAAUGAUACAUUUAUGGAUUUUUUUAUUCAACCCACUCGACCCUAAACCCAUCCAUCCCGCGGAUAUAACCGCAGGGACUGCGGGUUAUGAGUCAACCCACACAUCAGUAGUGUGUGUGUGUGUGUGUGUGUGUGUGUGUGUGUGUGUGUGUGUGUGUGUGUGUGUGUGUGUGUGUUUUGCCUCUGUGUGGGUGCUGCAUGUUUUUGGGAGUCUGUCUGCACUCUGCCCAUCCUGCCUCUGUUGCCAUGGUGAUCCCUUCUCCAAAACCUAGCCAUCUCCUGUGUGUAUGUUUGUGUGCAAGCGUGCGCGUACAUGUGCAUGUGUGUGUGUGCAGCAGAGAAUGGGCUGGUUUUUAAGUAACAUUGAGACAGUGGCGAGGGGGAUUAGAUAUAUAAACUCCAGCUGCAGUAACACUGUCUGGUUAACACUGAUAAAUAUAGACCCCGGCAACCAUGGGCUAUGUCCUUAUUCUCCUAGCCAUAGCUUCCUCUCCUCUCCUUCAUGACCCCAGUCAACACCGUCUUCAUCCUCUAUGUUACCCUCCCCGUUCCCCCCAACCUUUAUUAAAGAACUGUGGUUUGAGCACCGCAAAACGAUCUCCCGCUGUCUUAUUUUAUUGUGAGUUUCACCGCUGACUCCCCUGGGCUGCCAUAGUUGGUGGAGAAUGCGGGCACAACCCUCCCAUGCUCUGAACUCACAAUAAAAUAAGAAGCCGGUGGUCAUCAUGGAAAAUGCUGUAACUCAGCUGGGGAAGCCCAAACGCAGCAAGCCCAAAGCUUCCUUGCCCUUCAGGAGGCUGUCACACAGCUUAGCCAAGCCGUGGUCCGGCUGGACUGAAUGACGGAACCAGGCAAGGUCCUCAACAAGAUAACUGCUGAAGAUGACAGGUAUUUGAGCGCACUGCAGAAGAGAGAGAGCGAUGGCACAAGGAGAACUGAGCUGGCAAAGUGGCCCCCUUUCUGACUGAAGAAGCCCAGAGGGCCUGUAGGGACUUGGCACUGGCGGACGUCGACAACUAUGCUGCUCUGAAAACUGCUAUCUUGGCCCAUUAUGGGCAAAACCUACCAACCUGGGCCCAACGGUUCCACUCCUGGGCUUAUGAUGGCCAUGCCCCGGUAAGACCUCAAAUAGCCGACCUAGUUAGACUAACUAGACGUUGGCUUACCACGGGGGGACGGGCCAUCAGCAAUAGAUCGACUGGUAAUGGACAAAUGUAUCCGGGGCCUGCCCACCGACGCAAAGCACCAUGCAACCCAGAUCACCCCCGAGGUGGCGGCCGCUAGUUAGCGGGGACCAGAGAAGGUGUUACACCUGUGGCCAGGAGGGACACCUGGACUGGAGGUGCCCGGGAAACGACGAGUCCCUACCGACUGCCAGUCCCGCAGAGAAGACCAACAGAAGGUGCGACUACCUCACAACCUGCUGGGCCCACUAAGCCACUGCAGCCCCCCAGAUCUCCGUCAAAAUAGGCAGUCAGGAUGCGUCCGCCUUGUUGGACACAGGCAGUAUGGUCACUCUCAUCAAGCCUCAAUUUGCCGCCGACACCUUAGGGCCGCCCAUAACAGUGGCUUGUAUACAUGGAGAUACGAAAAGUUACCCCACCUGCCGCGUGGAAGUGCAAACCCCUCAAGGUAGUUUGUGAUUGUAGCUGGCGUAGUAGAGAAAUUGCCAGUAGAUGUCCUACUGGGCUGGGACUGCCCAAUUUUCCAGAGAUUUUGGAGCAGAGGGGCCACAGCCCCUAGGAGAACAGCUUUGGGGAAAAGGAGAACGGUUCCCUGACGUAGAAGCGUCAUACCAGCCUGUGUCGCUGCUUUCCCGCCCACCUCCUCAGACUCUGUAGAGGCCCCAGCCGAUCCCCCCUUGGCUCCCCCCGGCAUCGACCGAGAUGAAGAGAACCCCGGGGAGGAGAACUCCCCUGGAAAAAUGUUUUCAGAGUUUCCCUUUGCGGAGGUGGGAAAGAGAACCUCCCGGGACAGUUCAGCACUGGCCAACUCACUGAUCCCAACCUGAAGCAGGCGAGGACGAGUGUGGAAGCUGUCGGUGGAAAACCAGUAGAGAGGGUGAGUGAUCGUUCCUUUCCACAUUUUGCUGUCAAAAAUAAUCUAUUUUAUCGGGUUGUGAAAGUGGGAGACGAAAUGGUAGAACAACUCUUAGUGCCCAAAUGUUACAUCUCCAAAGUCCUAUACCUAGCACACUCACAUUUCCUCGGAGCACACCUAGGAGUGCAGAAACCCUAUGAUCGGAUCCUGGCUCGGUUCUACUGGCCCGGAGUGAAGAGGCCUGUCCAGGAUUACUGCCGGCAGUGCGAGGACUGUCAGAAAACAGGCCUAAAGGUAACCUACAAAAAUCCCUUAAUCCCUUUACCAAUAAUCAAUACCCCUUUUCAGAGGAUAGCCAUGGACAUAGUGGGACCCCUGCCCAAGUCCAAUCGAGGACAAUCGGAAAGUAUUCAAACCACUUUUGUUACGUUACAGCCUUAUUCUGAAAUGCAUUAAAUAAAAAUAAAUCCUAAUCAAUCUACACACAAUACCCGAUAAUGAUAAAGCGAAAACAGGUUUUAAGAAAUUUUUGCAAAUGUAUACAAAAUUUAAAACAGAAAUACCUUAUUUACAUAAGUAUUCAGACCCUUAGCUAUGAGACUCGAAUUUGAGCUCAGGUGCUUCCUGUUUCCAUUGAUCAUCUUUGAGAUGUUUCUACAACUUGAUUGGAGUCCACCUGUGGUAAAUUCAAUUUAUUGGACAUGAUUUGGAAAGGCACACACCUUUCUAUAUAAGGUCCCACAGUUGACAGUGCAUGUUGGAACCUGAUGGUUACUCUGACAGAGCUCCCGAGUUCCUCUGUGGAGAUGGGAGAACCUUCCAGAAGGACAACCAUCUCUGCACACUCCACCAAUCAGGCCUUUAUUGUAGUGGCCAGACGGAAGCCACUCCUCAGUAAAAUGCACAUCACAGCCAGUUUGGAGUUUGCCAAAAGGCACCUAAAGAACUCUCAGACCAUGCAAAACAAGAUUCUCUGGUCUGAUGAAACCAAGAUUGAACUCUUUGGCCUGAAUGCCAAGCGUCACGUCUGGAGGAAACCUGGCACCAUCCCUACUGUGAAGCAUGGUGAUGGCAGCAUCAUGUUGUGGGAAUAUCUUUCAGCGGCAGGGACUGGGAGACUAGUCAGGAUCGAGGGAAAGAUUAAUGGAGCAAAGUACAGAGAGAUUCUUGUUGAAAACCUGCUCCAGAGCGCUCAGGACCUCAGAUUGGGGCAAAGGUUCACCUUCCAACAGGACAAUGACCCUAAGCACACAACCAAGACAACGCAGGAGUGGCUUCGGGACAAGAUUCUGAAUGUCCUUGAGUGGCCCAGCCAGAGCCCGGACUUGAACCCGAUCGAACAUCUCUUGAGCGACCCGAAAAUAGCUGUGCAGCGACGCUCCCCAUCCAACCUGACAGAGCUUGAGAGGAUCUGCCGAGAAGAAUGGGAGAAACUCCUCAAAUACAGGUGUGCCAUGCUUGUAGUGUCAUACCCAAGAUGACUCGAGGCUGUAAUCACUGCCAAAGGUGCUUCAACAUAGUACUGAGUAAAGGGUCUGAAUAUUUAAGUAAAUGUGAUAUUUCAGUAUUUUGUUUUUAGUAAAUUUGAAAACAUUUCUAAAAACCCAUUUUUGCUUCGUCAUUAAGGGGUUAUUGUGUGUAGAUUUGAUGAGGGGGGAAAAACAAUUUAAUCCAUUUUAGAAUAAGGCUGUUACGUAACAAAAUGUGGAAAAGGUCAAGGGGUCUGAAUACUUUCCGAAUGCACUGUACAUCUUGGUAAUCAUGGACUACGCCACCCGCUACCCUGAGGCCAUCCCACUACAUGCCGCCAGCGCCUGUGCUGUGGCACGGGAACACUGGAACUGUUCCUUCUCUUCAGUCGGGUGAAGAUUGCAGAAAAAGUCCUGACCGAUGAAGGAUCGUGCUUCAUGUCCGGGUAAUGAAAGAAAUGUGCAGGAUGUUAAAGGUGAGCCAAAUCCGUACUUUGUGUACCAUCCCCAAACCGAUGGGCUUGUGGAACGAUUGAACAAAACCAUGAAUCAAAUGUUAAGGAGAGCCAUUGACGCAGAAGGAAAAAAUUGGGACCAGCUAAUACCCUUUGUUCUGUACUCCAUCAGAGAGGUCCCACAGACAUCCACAGGAUUCUCACCCUUUGAGCUCCUGUAUGGCAGAUGGCCCCGGGGCAUGCUGGACCUGGCAAAGGAGGCCUGGGAGCAACAACCCUCCCCUCACCGGUCAGUUAUUGAAUACGUGGAGGAGAUGCGCCACCGCAUGGUGAGAGUCUGGCCUCUGAUGUGGGAACACAUGCUCCAGGCUCAGCAGGCCCAAGCCCGGGUCUACAACAGUGGGGCCCGUCUUCGUGAAUUCACUCCAGGAGAACUGGUCUUAGUACUCAUCCCCACCUCUGACUGCAAAUUCCUGGCCAAGUGGCAGGGCCCGUAUGAGAUAGUAGAAUGAGCGAAUGCAGUGAAUUACAAUGUAAAGCAACUAGGGAGACGCAAACCCACCCAGUUAUAUCACGUGAACCUGCUAAAGCAGUGGCAUGCCCGUCCCCGGGAGAGAGUGACUGCCCCAUCUGGUGUACCCCCCUCCCCAAGGCUCCCAGAGUUGCCGCUGGGUCCCCAGCUUGGCCCCAGCCAACGACAGGAUCUCCAGGAGCUGAUUAGCCAACAACUAGAUGUCUCUCUCAGGGAUACCGUAAAGAACCACAGUGGUCCAGCACGACAUUGUCACGGAACCUGGAAAGAAGGUGAGAUUAAGGCCAUACCGCAUCCCAUAGGCUAAGAGAAAGUUCAUCCGAGAGGAGGUGAGGAAGAUGUUAGAACUUGCCAUUAUUGAAGAAUCCCACAGGUCCACGGAGCUCCGGCCAAACUUCCAACGCAUGAUGGACCGGAUCCUGCGACCCCCACCGUGAGUAUGCAGCAGCCUACCUGGAUUACAUAAUCAUUCAUCAUUCAUAAUGGACCACCCAUCUAGCACAGCUGCACGCAGUCUUGAGGGCCCUACGAGAGGCCGGCCUGAUGGCCAACCCCAGAAAAUGCAGGCUUGGCCCAGAGGAGGCUGAAUAUCUGAGCUGCACGAUUGGCCGGGGGAGCGUCAAACCUCAGCAGCGAAAGGUGGAGGCUAUCACAAAGCAGCAGGUAAAAACUUUCCUUGGCUUGGUAGGGUAUUAUCAAUGGUUUAUUCCCCAGUUUGCCACGACUGCUGCCCCACUCCAUGACAUGACCAGACAACACCUGCCCCACCACGUCACUUGGACGAAAGAGGCGGACCAGGCUUUCUCCACCCUGCAGCAUGCUCUGUGUGUGGAACCGGUACUCAUCACCCCCAACUUCCAGGAGCCCUUUGUGGUCCAUACCGAUGCCUCAGAGGUGGGCCUUGGCACUGUGCUGUCUCAGAUUCGAGGGGGCGAGGAGCAUCCUGUGACAUACAUCAGCCGUAAGUUUCUCAAACAUGAGAAACUAUUCGACCCUAGAAAAAGGUCUGGCUAUAAAAUGGGCCAUAAUGAAGCUCAAGUACUGGGGAGGAAAUGUACCUUAGUGACAGAUAAUUCCCCCCUCAAAUGGAUGGCCACGGCCAAAGAUAGCAAUGCCCGGGUCACUAGAUGUUUUUUGGAGUUGCAAGCCUUUAACUUUAUCAUGGAGCACAGGUCCGGGAAAUCCCAUGGGAAUGCCGAUGCCCUGUCCAUGAGGGACGCAUUCUGGUUGAUCGACAGCCUGCCAGCCGGCUAUGAGCUUAAGGGGGGGGGGGGGGGGGGUAUGUGGCAACCCGGGGGCCAGCAGGGAGCUACAAAGGAAGGAGAGGGCUAGAGAGGCCAAGGUGAGUCAGCACCAUGGACAGCUCUACAGGCACCAACUGGGGCUAGUGAUUCAACACCAAUAUUACCCAGUCCAGGUGCUGCAACCAAUUGGCACCUGGAAUUGGUCCCACCUGUCCCUCGUUACCCCAAAUGGGUAUAAGUGGAGGUGCAGUCACUCGGGCAGACAGGCAAAACUCAUCGCUCUCUCUCUCUUUUGUUCAUUAACACAGGCGGUCCGAGGAGACGCCACGCUGGACACAGAGUGACCCACCUGUUACCUGAGAGGCCUUUCCGUUGUAUUUCUCCCCUCCCCAUUUCCCCCAACCUUUAUUAAAGAACAACUUUGGUUUGAGCACCGCAAAGCAGUCUCCCGCUGUCUUAUUUUAUUGUGAGUUUCACCUCUAACUCCCCUAGGCUGCCACAACACACACUAUAGUACACACUCAGAGGGGACUGACAGCCAUCCAUCUCUCCCGUCGGACUCUCAGGGCUUCAGCAGUUAGCCCUGUCCUUCCCACUGCUCUGUUUCAAAGGGACUGAGUUCCUUUAGAUGCUCUAAGCUGAGUUUUAUCCUCUGCUCUCACUAUAUGCCAAGGCUAUCUAUAUGAUGUGUGAUAGUACCUCACAUAUCUGAUGUAUAUGACCUCCAUUUGAUGCUGCUGAGGUGAAUGAAUGAAUGAAUGAAUGAAUGAAUGAAUGAAUCACCUCUCACUUUUCUUAUUUGCUCUCUCUCUUUCUUUCUCUUCCGCUCUCUCAGAUCCUCCAAGGCCCACCCAGGUCCUGUGGUCCACAUAAGUGACAACCCCAUGGAUGAGGGAAAGGUAUAGCGUGGCUCUCUGCCCACAUAUUGUGUACAUUACAUUUACACGUGUGUAUCUUUCCUUGUUGUUAAUGUUGAAGAGUGUGCCAUGCCCCCCAUCCUCGAUGAGUCUGCAGACAGACAGACAGUCAUGUGGGUGAUGAAUGAGACCUUGAUGGCUUAUUCAAACAGGCCACACAAAGCCUUUUUAAAUACAGCCUACUCAAAGACCUUACUUCACACACACUUUACUUUUACCUUUAUCUCUCUCUCUCUCUUCCUUCCUUCUUCCCUCCCUCCACCACUCUCUGCACGUACUGUAGGUUUAGCCUUUCUAAAACAUUAAAGCUAGCUGGAUCAUUAUUUAUAUUUUAUUUGAACACAGAUAAUUGCUUUUGAUAGAUGAAUGACUUGUGAGCCACAGUUGUUCACAUGUUUAUCUAUCAAUUAUCAGUGUUUCAGGACUCAUGGUGCAAGAGGGGCUAAGUUCUAAAGAAUAACAUUAAAAAAAGAGACAAAAAAAUCAUUGAAAAGAGUCCAUUGUUUGGAAUAUGUUGAUAAUAUCAACUUUAGGAGUGGGGUGGGGUGGGGGGGGGGGGGGGAGCAUGGUUUAACAUUAAAAUAUUAAACAAAAUGCACUUAUUUUUCUUGUUGGUUUAGAACCAAGGUCAAAAGGCAACUCCUAUAAGCUGUGUAUCCUGUGUUGAUCCCCCCCCACCCCACCACAGCCUGCCGUGUGAAUGUUGAGCAUAUGAUUCCUUCUCUGACGUGUGUCUAUCCUCUGUCUAUCCUCUGUCAUCUUCUCACCGGGCCAAAUCUCACUGGCUGCCUGUCACUUUUCCAUUCCAGCUUAUAAUUGGAUAUGAGUCUGGGAUCGUGGUCCUGUGGGAUCUGAAAUCAAAGAAGGCAGACUACCGCUACACUUAUGACGAGGUAUGCACCAUCUCCCACAAUGCCUUUCAGUGCCUCUCUUCCCGUGAUCUGGGGAAUGCAUGGAAAUACUAAAAGAGGAAUCAAAUAUUAAUAAACUGCUUUGUAUAAAUAGAUGUGUGUACUGUAUAUACAGUAUUUGUGUGUGGGUGGGUGUACUGUGUGUGUAUUGUGUGCAUACUGUGUGUGUACUGUGUGCUUGUAUGACAUAUACAUUGUUUGCCUUUGAGAGAUUACAUCAAAGGGCCUUAGAGUCUGUGGAGGACUAAAGAUGUAGUGGAGGCAUGUACCUACUCUGAUACCUACUCUACACCCACAGGGGUACACACACAAACACACACGACAUACACUACUCGACAUACACCAACACUCGUCUCAGAUGUCUGUGUUGUUGUGUGGGUCUGAUGUGACAUGUUCAUCAGUGAUCUAAGCCGCUCAGCGCUGGAGAGCAGAGAAGGCUUGUACACCGCAGGCUCAAUUUAGGAAAUGGAAUAGGACGUCUCUGUCUCACAUCACUGUGGGAUAUACUAUAGGGAUUCUUGGCAUAGAAAAUUCUGAGUCUGCAUGAUGGUUAUAUUGGGUUUUGUCAGCCGAUAUUGAAGAAGGAAGAGAACAGGAUUGUUUGGUGUUUGUCUGUACUUGUACCCAUACUGAGUUACAAGAGAUGGGAACCCAAUACUACAGUAGGCUGCACACAGUGUGUAGUCUCUUUUUGAGCCACAGACGUCCUGCUGUCUCUCCUAUGGCCCUCAUUUUGUAUUAUAGAGGGUCGGCCAUUUGUGAUUUUUUUUUGGGAGGUAGUAAAGUAUUUUUUACUUAUUUCUCCAAGGCAACAUCCUUUUCUAACAAACAAACAAACAAUAUAAUGUCUUGGUUGUAUCUCAUCCCCUGCCUCAUAAUACUCAAGUUAAGAAUGCAUCAGAAACCCUGGUGCCCAAACUUGCAGUAGAAGUUUAAGCGGAUUGAGUGGUUUUACAAAGACACACACAGAGUCAGGCUUACAGUAAUGAGUUUAUGUUAACACCCAUGCUACUGUUCACCUCAUUGACAGUGGUGUGGCACUGUAAGCCCUCUACAAUAAAAAGACUCCACAAGCACAACAUGGCCCUGUGUUGACUCUCCCUGCUGAAUCGAAUGCUCCCCUUUUCUUGUGCAUUCUGUCUCAGUUCUCUGCUUCUGCUUCUGCUUCUGUCUUUCUCUCUCUCUCUCUCUCGCUCUCGCUCUCGCUCUCACGCUCUCUCUCUCUCUCUCUCUCUCUCUCUCUCUCUCUCUCUCUCUCUCUCUCUCUCUCUCUCUCUCUCUCUCUCUCUCUCUCUCUCUCUCUCUCUCUCUCUCUCUCUCUCUCUCUCUCUCUGUUGUUCUGUCAGUCUCUCUCUCUCUCUCUCUCUCCCUCCCCCCUCCUUCCCAAUCCCCUGGGUGAGAUGAUAUCGCUGUUUCCUCUCCCUGGUCCUAAGGCUUACGUAGUGAUCCUCCUUGGCAGCCAUGUUGUUUUCUCCUGGGAGCAGUUGUGUAUCUCCUCUCCAACCCUGUAGUAACCCCUCCCCAGAGGCUGACUGCUCUACAGCUGCUAACUCAGUACUCUGGGGCUCAUUAACACUUGGGAAAAAAUCACAGUAUUCACAUCACUGCCAUGCUGUGGCAUUACAGCUAAUGUGCUCCUGUCAUCGCCUGCUGCUGAUGACUAAUUCAGGGUCAGAUCUAUGUUCGUCAGUCUGAACCCUAGGUAUUAAGAGCUGAACAUUAAAGCUGCCCUUGGAUCAGUUUUUGUACUGUAGAAUAGACUAUGGUGAGAUGUAGUUCUGAUUAAUAUAUUGUGAGUCGGAUGAUAGCGCUGGGUUCCUGGAUCGACAAAUAAUAUUUCCUGCCAAAUAAAAGGUUUUGUGCGAUUUGCAGAGCUACAUCUCCCCCUGCCAAACAUACAUGCGCAACCAGACAAUGAUUGAUUGAAUGGAGACAGCUUGUGUCAAUUACAGAACAUUUCCUAGGGUUUUCUACCUGUAGCAAUACUGGUGGAUAAUGCUGGUAAUAACGGUAAAAGCACACAGUCUCUAUUUCCACACCAAAAAAGCAUGGCCCUAAGUAUAGGACAUGGGUAAUAGAGUAAAGGACGUAGGGAAUAAAGCUUGGAGCAUAGGGUAGAGGGUAGAGGACAUUGGAUGUAGCCGAGUCCUUACGUUUCUCUAGUCGUGUGAGGACAUCUUAUAUAACCUCACUAAUUACAGUAAACUCUCUCCAUCUUUGUCACACCUAACCACAGUGUGUAUGUGUAGGAAUUUCAACACCCCCAAACAGCUGAGAGAGCAUUCUUCCUUCUCUUGCGUCUCUCUUCCAGUCUUUUUCCUGGUCAUGGCUCAGUGCUAUCUCUGGGGGUGCAGUGAUUGUGAACACCAGAGAGAAGAUGGAGAUGGAGAGAGCAUCAGUCACCUCAGCCCUGCUCUGUCUGACUAAAUGCCUUAGCCUGAUGAAUAGCCUGCCUACGCUGGAGCCUGCCUCUGAUUUCUAUAUCCCUCUCUUUCUCUAUCAUGCUCCCCAUCUUUUUUGCUCCUUUUCUCAUUUUGUCAUUCUCUCUAUCGCUCUCCCUCUUUCCCCCUCUCUCUCUUUUCUCCAUACCCUCUCUUCUAUUUGCUUCUUCUUCUUAUCCAUCUAUCUCAUCUCUCUCUCUCUCUCUCUCUCUCUCUCUCUCUGUCUCUCUCUCCUCUCUGAGGUAGAUGGACAGGUCCAUGGUUCCAAGGAGCCCAGGCAGCAGGGUGGGCAGCAGAGUCAGUAGGAUACAGUGGGGAAAAAAAGUAUUUAGUCAGCCACCAAUUGUGCAUGUUCUCCCACUUAAAAAGAUGAGAGAGGCCUGUAAUUUUCAUCAUAGGUACACGUCAACUAUGACAGACAAAAUAUGGAAAAGAAAUCCAGAAAAUCACAUUGUAGGAUUUUUUAUGAAUUUAUUUGCAAAUUAUGGUGGAAAAUAAGUAUUUGGUCAAUAACAAAAGUUUCUCAAUACUUUGUUAUAUACCCUUUGUUGGCAAUGACACAGGUCAAACGUUUUCUGUAAGUCUUCACAAGGUUUUCACACACUGUUGCUGGUAUUUUGGCCCAUUCCUCCAUGCAGAUCUCCUCUAGAGCAGUGAUGUUUUGGGGCUGUCGCUGGGCAACACGGACUUUCAACUCCCUCCAAAGAUUUUCUAUGGGGUUGAGAUCUGGAGACUGGCUAGGCCACUCCAGGACCUUGAAAUGCUUCUUACGAAGCCACUCCUUCGUUGACUUUUGCUCACUGUUCUUGUGAUAAUUUUGACCCCACAGGGUGAGAUCUUGCGUGGAGCCCCAGAUCGAGGGAGAUUAUCAGUGGUCUUGUAUGUCUUCCAUUUCCUAAUAAUUGCUCCCACAGUUGAUUUCUUCAAACCAAGCUGCUUACCUAUUGCAGAUUCAGUCUUCCCAGCCUGGUGCAGGUCUACAAUUUUGUUUCUGGUGUCCUUUGACAGCUCUUUGGUCUUGGCCAUAGUGGAGUUUGGAGUGUGACUGUUUGAGGUUGUGGACAGGUGUCUUUUAUACUGAUAACAAGUUCAAACAGGUGCCAUUAAUACAGGUAACGAGUGGAGGACAGAGGAGCCUCUUAAAGAAGAAGUUACAGGUCUGUGAGAGCCAGAAAUCUUGCUUGUUUGUAGGUGACCAAAUACUUAUUUUCCACCAUAAUUUGCAAAUAAAUUCAUUACAAAUCCUACAAUGUGAUUUUCUGGAGAAAAAAAAUCUCAAUAUGUCUGUCAUAGUUGACAUGUACCUAUGAUGAAAAUUACAGGCCUCUCUCAUCUUUUUAAGUGAGAGAACUUGCACAAUUGGUGGCUGACUAAAUACUUUUUUCCCCCACUGUAUCUCUCCUCCUCUGCCUGCUGCUGCUGCUCUCAUUGUUUUUCCUCACGCUGCAUCCUUCAUCCCUCACUCUCCCGCUAGCUGAACAAAUACAAGCAGGUGUGAGGAUAUAAACACACACAUUCGUGUGCGUGCACACGCACACAUACACACACACUUGAAAGGCUCUUACAGCAGUGGGAUUGGAGGUGAUAGAGAUCACUCGGGUUUUGUGUAAAUAAACCAACCCCUCAGUGCCCUGUGUAUGUGCGUAUGUGUACACUCAAAAGAAAACCAAAACACGCUCUCAUACUCAAGCCAAUGUGAUGACUUUCCAGAUAGUGAUUAUCAAGGCUUGAAACCUAAACUAUACACAAUUCAAAUUGCUCCUAUUAAAUGGCAUACCCUGGGGCAUCUAAAAAGCUUAAGCUAUUUCUAGUAGCCAGACACCAUAAAUUUGCUCUGCAAUUCAUUGUGCUAAUGGGACACUUGGCAGAUGUGGUAUUAACUGCUCUCCCAGUUCCCGCCUCAGCCCCUGCAUCCAGCGACCUGAGGGAGGUCUGUCAAAUGCUCAGUCUACUCUGCUCUCACAUGGUUGGCCAGGGACCUUGGCAAAGUCUCAGCUCACUCAACAAAUAGCUGCAGAUGACCCGAUGCCUGUUAGCUCUUAUGGGAAUGAGCUGAAUACCCCCUCUGACUUUAAAUCUCAUAGGGGGCUUGGUUUAAAAAAUAGACACAAUUGACAUUUGGGUACAGGACUCGUGUCCUGACAUUCUGGUUCUCUCGGAAACAUGGUUAAAUGGUUCUGUAUCUGAUAAAGACAUUGAAGUAAAUGAUUAUAAUGUAUUUAGAUGUGACAGAUUACAGAAAAGGGGAGGAGUGGCCAUAAAUGUCAAAUCUAAUUUCAUGACCUUUCAAACUUUAAAUAUUUCUGUUCCCAAUACAUUUUAGCUCCUGGUUGUAGCUCCAGACGUGACGCUUGGCAUUCAGGCCAAAGAGUUCAAUCUUAUUUUCAUCAGACCAGAUGUAGAUGUGUCCAUAAACCAGAAUACACAUUUAUUUGUUGCUGUGAUUUAUCGCCCCCCUGUUUGCCAUGGCGGAUGUUAUUGGUGCUAUAUCUGAGUGUUUAACACCUUUUUUGUCCUCAGUUGGUCAUUUAUGGGGAUUUGAAUCUGGAUUGGCUGUCCCCGGCCUCAGAUCAAUUUAAGAGUACACCUCUUUAAGGAAUACCUGGGAUAGGAUAAAGGAAUCCUUCUACCCCCCCCCCCCCCCCCCCCCCCCCCCCCAAUUGUAAAGUGGUUAUCCCACUGGCUAUAGGGUGAACGCACCAAUUUGUGAGUCGCUCUGGCUAAGAGCGUCUGCUAAAUGACGUUAAUGUGCCCUUGAGCAAGGCACUUAACCCUAAUUGCUCCUGUAAGUCGCUCUGGAUAAGAGCGUCUGCUAAAUGACUAAAAUGUAAAUGUAAAUGUAUAUGCAUUGAUUUUAAUCUGACUCCAUUGAUCUCAAAACCCACACGGCUAAAUGUAAAAAACCCUGUUAACUCCUCAAUGAUUUAUUUAAUUCUUACUAAUAACGCCAUAAAUAUUUGUCUAGUGGAGUAUUUGCAUAUGAUCUCAGUGAUCAUUGUCCCAUAGUAUGUAUUAGAGAUACGAAACAGUAAAAUACUAAUCCUCGUUUUAUUAAGAAGAUAAAGUUUUCUCCUCAAGGGUUUUUACAUGACAUGCUCUACUCUGAUUUAGCCACCAUCUCCUGUAUUUCUGACCCUGAGUUGGCUCUCGAACAUUUCUCCUCCAUAUUUAUUCCUCUGGCAGAUAAACACGCCCCUUUUAAACAAUUCAGAGUCAAAGAUAGAUCUAACCCUUGGUUUUCUUCUGAGCUAUCUGAGCUCAUUCAGAUGAGAAAUCAGGCCUGUGCCAAAGCAAGGACAACUGACUCUGUAGUGGACUGGCAAUCUUUCAGACAAUUGAGAAACAGAUGUACUAUCUUGAUUAAGAAAGCUAAAUCAAGCUACUUUUUAAGCUCUAUCUCUGACUCUGCUGGUGAUCCUUCAAAAUGUUGGAAAACAGUAAAAGCACUGAAGCAUCGAAAUUCCUCUUCUUCCCUAUCUAAGCAAGUUCUGUCAUCAUAACUGAAGAAGAAUAGAAUAAGUGAUGCUUUUAAUCAUAUUUUGUAUCUCUGCAGGCUUUUUAAAAAUAGAAACGGUGGUUUAAUUGACCCUGGACAGUCAAUCGACUGCUCUUCCCUCUGCCAGCCUCUAGCUGACUCAACGGUUAACCAGUCAACUUGUAGUGAAUCGUUGUUUUCAUUUCAACAAUUUACUAUCUGUGAUGUGCCAGAUGCCUUGCUUAAGAUGAUGUAAAAAAAAAUCCACUGAGGCUGAUAUGCUUCAUCCAUUUCUGCUGCAGCUUUCUGCCCCCCUGAUUGCUGAACCAUUAAUCCAUAUUUUUUACCUGACGAUUAUAUCUGGUACUAUCCCCAAGGUUUAGAAGGCGGCCCAUGUACUCCCCCUUCACAAAGGUGGUGACCCUUGUGACCUAAAUAAUUAUCGCCCUAUUUCUAAACGUUCAUGCCUAGCUAAAAUAUUAGAAUCCUUGAUUGAUUCUCAGCUAAGAUGUUUCUUAUCUUUGAAAUGUAUUCUAAAUGUACAUCAGUCAGGUUUUAAACCAGGUCAUAGCACUAUCUCUGCUGCAUCCCUAGUUAUAAAUGAUUUGGUUAACUGUAUGGAUAAAAGGCAAAAUUGUGCUGCCCUCUUCAUUGACCUGUCAAAGACUUUCGAUACUGUUGAUCACUCACUGCUAAUUCAGAGACUUUCCUCAUUUGGCCUAGACCAGGCUGCAUGUAACUGGUUUAAAAUUUACUUGACAGAUAGAAAUCAAUGUGUAUCUACUGAUGGUGUUAAAACAGGUUUCCUGGAUAUUACGAAAGGUAUCCCACAGGGGUCGAUUCUGGGUCCUGUACUUUUUACUGUUUACAUUAACAAUAUCGACUGUAAAAAACUGUAAAAAACUUUAACCUGCACUUGUAUUCCGAUGAUUCUGUUGUGUAUGCUAUUGCCCCGACAGUUGACCAGGCUAUAUCUGAACUACAGUCUGCCUUCAUUGUAUUACAGAAAAUCUUUAUUGACCUGAAAUUAGUAUUGAAUGCAGGUAAAUCUAAGUAUAUGUUGUUCUCUAGAGCACAUAAAAAGAACUCUGAUGAUUUAAGCAUAUGUACUUUGGAUGGUGUCCAUAUUGAUUUCCCUGCUUACAAAUAUCUGGGCAUCUGGAUAGAUGAAAAGCUGUCUUUUAAAAAGCAUAUUGAUGAGUUAGUUAAGAAGCUGAGAAUAAAAAUGGCCUUCUUCUAUAGAAAUAGGUCCUGUCUCUCGCUAAAUAGUAGAAAGCAGAUUAUUCGGUCAAUGUUCCUAUCGGUCCUAGACUAUGGCGACAUCAUCUACAGUGCAUUCGGAAAGUAUUCAGACCCCUCUACUUUUUCCACAUUUUGUUACGUUGCAGCCUUAUUCUAAAAUUGAUUAAAUUAUUUUUUCACUCAUCAAUCUACACACAAUACCCCAUAAUUACAAAGCAAAACCAGGUUUUUAUAAUUUUUUGCUAAUGUAUAAAACAUUUAAUUUACAUCAGUAUUCAGACUCUUUACGCAGUACUUUGUUGAAGCACCUUUGGCAGCAAUUACAGCCUCAAGUCUUCUUGGGUAUGACGCUACAAGCUUGGCACACCUGUAUUUGGGGAGUUUCUCCCAUUCUUCUCUGCAGAUCCUCUCAAGCUCUGUCAGGUUGGAUGUGGAGCAUCGCUGCACAGCUAUUUUCAGGUCUCUCCAGACAUGUUCGAUCGGGUUAAAGACCUGGCUCUGGCUGGGCCACUCGAGGACAUUCAGAGACUUAUCCCGACUCCUGCAUUGUCUUGGCUAUGUCGUUGUCCUGUUGGAAGGUGAACCUUCGCCCCAGUCGGAGGUCCUGAGCGCUUUGGAACAGGUUUUCAUCAAGGAUGUCUCUGUACUUUGCGCCAAUCGUCUCCCAGUUCCUGCCGCUGAAAAACAUCCCCACAAUAUAAUGGUGCCACCAUCGUGCUUCAUUCUAGGGAUGGUGCCAGGUUUCCUCCAGACGUGACGCUUGGCAUUCAGGCCAAAGAGUUCAAUCUUGGUUUCAUCAGAUCAGAGAAUCUUGUUUCUCAUGGUCUGAGAGUCCUUUAGGUGCCUUUUGGAAAACUCCAAGUGGGCUGUGAUGUGCAUUUUACUGAGGAGUGACUUCCGUCUGGCCACUCUAACGUAAAGGCCUGAUUGGUGGAGUGGUGCAGAGAUGGUUGUCCUUCUGGAAGGUUCUCCCAUCUGCACAGAGGAACUCUGGAGCUCUUUCAGAGUGACCAUCGGGUUCUUGGUCACCUCCCUGACUAAGGCCCUUCUCCCCCGAUUGCUCAGUUUGGCCGGGUCUCGAGUCUCAUAGCAAAGGGUCUGAAUACUUAUGUAAAUAAGGCUUUUCUGUUUUUAUUUCUAAUAAUUUUGCACAAAAAAAUAAAAAUAAACUGUUUUCACUUCAUCAUGAUGGGGUAUUGUGUGUAGAUUGAUGAGGGAAAACAUUUAUUUAGUCUGUUUUAGAAUAAGGCUGUAACCUAACAAAAUGUGAAAAGUCAAGGGGUCUGAAUACUUUCAGAAUGCACUGUAUAUGAACGCAACUGCCACUUCAUUAAAGCCGUUAGAUGCAGUUUAUCAUAGCGCACUGCGCUUUAUUACGGCGACAAUUUUAGUACUCAUCACUGCAUUCUCUACCAGAAAGUUGGUUGGCGCUCUUUGAUGUCACGCAGGUUAAUACAUUGCUAUGUUUUCAUAUAUAAAGCCCUUUUACAAAUAGUCCCACUGUAACUAACAUCUUUACUAAACUUUAGACAUACGAGUUACCACACCCGGUCUCAGGGAUGGUUAACUCUGGAAAUUCCUUUGGCCUCUACUGAGUUAGGGAAAUCAGUUUUUAGUUUUCUUACACCUUAUUUGUGAAACAAUCUUCAAAGUGUUCUUAAAAUGGAUGUGUUGGUGCCUCUAGGGCAAUUCAGAAGGCUGACUGAGGACUUUAUGAAUGUGUUUGUUUUGUGUUUGUUGAAUGUGAUGAAUGUGUUUGUUUUUUAUGACCAUGUUGUUCUUUCUACUUGCAUUUUCUAUUCAUAUUGAUGUGUGUAUUUUCUGUAAUUUAUGUAAUUCAGGGCUCAUCUGUAAAGAGACCUUGGUCUCAGUAUGACUCCCUGAUAAAAUAAAGGUUAAAUAAAAAUAAAAUAAAAAUCUCCAUUAGCAAUAGGAAAGUCCAUGUAUACUGAGGCAUACUCUAACGCUUUACAAUGGGAUGGGCUGGUACUGUAGUAUACUGUAUAGUCAAUGGAAUGGGAUAGGUUCUUAGACCUCUCAAGAUGAGGAUCAGUGUUGUUAGAUGGAUGUUGAUUGAUUGAGAUUAGGGCUGUUGCGGUGACCGUAUUACCGCCACACCGGCUGUCACGAGUCUUGAAGGCAGUCAAAUUCCAUGUGAGGGAUCUCCUCCCAGACCUGGACUAAAGCAUCCGCCAACUCCUGGACAGUCUGUGGUGCAACGUGGCGUUGGUGGAUGGAACGAGACAUGAUGUCCCAGAUGUGCUCAAUUGGAUUCAGGUCUGGGGAACGGGCGGUCCAUAGCAUCAAUGCCUUCCUCUUGCAGGAACUGCUGACACACUCCAGCCACAUGAGGUCUAGCAUUGUCUUGCAUUAGGAGGAACCCAGGGCCAACCGCACCAGCAUAUGGUCUCACAAGGGGUCUGAGGAUCUCAUCUCGGUACCUAAUGGCAGUCAGGCUACCUCUGGCGAGCACAUGGAGGUCUGUGCGGCCCCCCAAAGAAAUGCCACCCCACACCAUGACUGACCCACCGCCAAACCGGUCAUGCUGGAGGAUGUUGCAGGCAGCAGAACGUUCUCCACGGCGUCUCCAGACUCUGUCACGUCUGUCACAUGCUCAGUGUGAACCUGCUUUCAUCUGUGAAGAGCACAGGGCGCCAGUGGCGAAUUUGCCAAUCUUGGCAUUCUCUGGCAAAUGCCAAACGUCCUGCACGGUGUUGGGCUGUAAGCACAACCCCCACCUGUGGACGUCGGGCCCUCAUACCACCCUCAUGGAGUCUGUUUCUGACCAUUUGAGCAGACAUAUGGACAUUUGUGGCCUGCUGGAGGUCAUUUUGUAGGGCUCUGGCAGUGCUCCUCCUGCUCCUCCUUGCACAAAGGCGGAGGUAGCAGUCCUGCUGCUGGGUUGUUGCCCUCCUACGGCCUCCUCCACGUCUCCUGAUGUACUGGCCUGUCUCCUGGUAGCGCCCCCAUGCUCUGGACACUACGCUGACAGACACAGCAAACCUUCAUGCCACAGCUCGCAUUGAUGUGCCAUCCUGGAUGAGCUGCACUACCUGAGCCACUUGUGUGGGUUGUAGACUCCGUCUCAUGCUACCACUAGAGUGAAAGCACCGCCAGCAUUCAAAGGUGACCAAAACAUCAGCCAGGAAGCAUAGGAACUGAGAAGUGGUCUGUGGUCACCACCUGCAAAACCAGUCCUUUAUUGGGGGGUGUCUUGCUAAUUGCCUAUAAUUUCCACCUGUUGUCUAUUCCAUUUGCACAACAGCAUGUGACAUUUAUUGUCAAUCAGUGUUGCUUCCUAAGUAAGCUUCCGAGGGUCGGCAGGUAGCUUAGUGGGUAAGAGCGUUGUGCCAGUAACCGAAAGGUCGCUGGUUCUAAUCCCCGAGCCGACUAGGUGAAAAAUCUGUCGAUGUGCCCUUAAGCAAGGCACUUAACCCUAAUUGCUCCUGUAAGUCGCUCUGGAUAAGAGCGUCUGCUAAAUGACUAAAAUGUAAAAAUGUAAAUGUAAGUGGACAGUUUGAUUUCACAGAAGUGUGAUUGACUUGGAGUUACAUUGUGUUGUUUAAGUGUUCCCUUUAUUUUUUUGAGCAGUGUAUAUAUAUAUAUAUAUAUAUAUAUAUAUAUAUAUACAUACACAUACAUACACAUAUACACACAAACACACACACAUACAGUGGGGAGAACAAGUAUUUGAUACACUGCCGAUUUUGCAGGUUUUCCUACUUACAAAGCAUGUAGAGGUCUGUAAUUUUUAUCAUAGGUACACUUCCACUGUGAGAGACGGAAUCUAAAACAAAAAUCCAGAAAAUCACAUUGUAUGAUUUUUAAGUAAUUCAUUUGCAUUUUAUUGCAUGACAUAAGUAUUUGAUACAUCAGAAAAGCAGAACUUAAUAUUUGGUACAGUAACCUUUGUUUGCAAUUACAGAGAUCAUACGUUUCCUGUAGGUCUUGACCAGGUUUGCACACACUGCAGCAGGGAUUUUGGCCCACUCCUCCAUACAGACCUUCUCCAGAUCCUUCAGGUUUCGGGGCUGUCGCUGGGCAAUACGGACUUUCAGCUUCAGUGUAUCAAAUACUUGUUCUCCCCACUGUACAUACAUACAUACACAUACAUAUCCUUUAAAAAAAGAUAUAUAUUCCCCUUUAUUACUUUCCAACCCCGCCACCCUUUCCCCACUUGGAGUAAACUAGUGAACAACAACGCCUAGGCCUCUACUUCCAGCCCAUACCCACUAUCUACAUUUUAUGGACACAGUCAAUUUUACAGUAAUUACAUUUUGUUUGUUCUUUCUCCUGAACUUCUUCUACUCUCAACCUCUCCGAUCAUUUUCAUGAUGUCCAUCCGGUUUGCUUCUAUAUGCCAUAUCUUUCUAACUGUGCUCCUUCACAAAAGCUCCCAACCUACAACCCAUACACUUUUUAUGGACACAGCGUGCCUACAUUAUUAGUUAUCUUGUUAUUGUUUGUUGUUAUUUGUUAUUAGUCCCAUCCUUCAAUUACAUUCAACACCUCCCAUCAAUUUUUUAACACCAUCCAUAUAGGAUUUCUAUUUGCCUUAUAUAUUUCAACUGUACUGUGAUGUCUUACAAAAGUUCUGAACCUUUCUAUUCUCAUUGUUUCUACAGAUUGUGAAUUGAACAUAAACAUUUUUGCUAAUAGUAUUAUUAUGUUAUUGAUCGAUUGACUAUGACUUUUCAGAUCACCCAGUAGUGCCAUCUGCAGGGUUAGCUCCAGGUAAAUAUUGCAAUCCUUUAGCCAUUCCUGGACCUGUGUCCAAAAACAAGCUACAAAUGGACAAUACCAAAACAAAUGAUCUAAUGAUUCUGUCUCUUCGCAGCAAAAUCUGCAGAGCUGGGAAGAUUGUAUCCCCCAUAUAAAUAACAUUCUAUUGGUAGCAAGAAUUUUAUAUAAUAAUUUAAAUUGAAAGAUUCUAAAUUUUGAAUCCGGUGUCGUUUUGCGUAUCAGUUCAUAAACACUAUGCCAUGGGAUCAGUACGUCAAAAAUCUCUUCCCAACUAUUUUGCAAUCUAUAUGGGACGGCUGUCAAUCCUUUGGUCCUUAAAUGAAACUGAUAUACCUUUUUAUUUAUCACAGUUUUCCUUAACCAAUUAUGUUCUUUAAUGCAAGGCCUUUCAAACUAAGAUGUUUUUCUGUCAACUUCAGCAUCUCGCCAACUUUUUGCGACAAAGCUUGUACUUUUAUUUCCUCCAACUGACCUAGUCAUCAUUGCAGUAAUAUAUCUAAAAGUCCCGCCAACCCCUCAGUAUAUAGGUCACCUUUCAUCUUAUCAGGACCUCUUAUGGACCUAAUAGUAAAAAUGUCAUAUAUGAGUGCUUUAGCGGUUCUAGUGUUUACAGUAUUUUUUUUAAUUACCUUUUAAUUUGGCAUGAACACAACCAGUUAUGAUGUUUUCAUCUUAUUAUCAAAAAAAUCAGCGCAUGUUCGUCCACUCCAAAAUAAUUCCAGCAUCCAAACAGUGCACUGUGCACUCGCGCCAUUUGAUGUUACAAAACACCCAAAAGUGUAAUGACACUCAGCGAUUGUAAUUGGGUCUACACUCUUGUAGCCUGAAUUAAAUGAUUUGUCUUGCUAACAAAAUGACCUUUUCUGUAGAAAGAAAAGUUGGGACACCUGAAAAGGGGCUGAGAUAUGGGAUUGUCCGGCAUGACAAGUGCAGCCACUAGGAGAAAGAAAUUGUUUAAACAAUGACACAGAGGUAGGGGUGUUUGUUUAAUUUGGAAUAAGAUUUUAUUUUAAUAUUUACCACAGUACAAAUAGCAUUUUAAACAAAUAGGAGAAUGGUUAAAUUUGCAUUAUUUAGAGACCCUCCCCAACGCUUGACUUUGUCUCAUUCAUGGGGUCUGAGACACCCCUGGCCCCCCCGCAAUUCGCACGUCAGGCACUCGAUCAUGUGUAGUACUUACUAUAGAAUGUUGUAGAAUUCUGUAGUAAACACUAAAGUCCGCAAAAACACUACACUUUUUUAACUAUAUUAAAUACUACAGUAUAUACCCUGCCCAUUCCCUUCCCCCAAAUCCCGAUUUGUGCCACCCAUAAGUGAGAAACCUACAUGCCAAGUAUAGACCAUAUUGUGUUUUAUACAGGCUAUAGAAAAGAUCAGAAGUGCUGAACUAUCCGUUCAAACCCCAGACCUACCUACCUACCUACCUACCUACCUACCUACCUACCUACCUACCUACCUACCUACAGUGAGGGAAAAAAGUAUUUGAUCCCCAGCUGAGAAUAGGAGCACACUCUUAAAGGGAGUGCUCCUAAUCUCAGCUUGUUACCUGUAUAAAAGACACCUGUCCACAGAAGCAAUCAAUCAGAUUCCAAACUCUCCACCAUGGCCAAGACCAAAGAGCUCUCCAAGGAUGUCAGGGCAAAGAUUGUAGAGCUACACAAGGCUGGAAUGGGCUACAAGACCAUCGCCAAGCAGCUUGGUGAGAAGGUGACAACAGUUGGUGCGAAUAUUCGCAAAUGGAAGAAACACAAAAUAACUGUCAAUCUCCCUCGGCCUGGGGCUCCAUGCAAGAUCUCACCUCGUGGAGUUGCAAUGAUCAUGAGAACGGUGAGGAAUCAGCCCAGAACUACACGGGAGGAUCUCGUCAAUGAUCUCAAGGCAGCUGGGACCAUAGUCACCAAGAAAACAAUUGGUAACACACUAUGCCGUGAAGGACUGAAAUCCUGCAGCGCCCGCAAGGUCCCCCUGCUCAAGAAAGCACAUAUACAGGCCCGUCUGAAGUUUACCAAUGAACAUCUGAAUGAUUCAGAGGAGAACUGGGUGAAAGUGUUGUGGUCAGAUGAGACCAAAAUGGAGCUCUUUGGCAUCAACUCAACUCGCCGUGUUUGGAGGAGGAGGAAUGCUGCCUAUGACCCCAAGAACACCAUCCCCACCGUCAAACAUGGAGGUGGAAACAUUAUGCUUUGGGGGUGUUUUUCUGCUAAGGGGACAGGACAACUUCACCGCAUCAAAGGGACGAUGGACGGGGCCAUGUACCGUCAAAUCUUGGGUGAGAACCUCCUUCCCUCAGCCAGGGCAUUGAAAAUGGGUCGUGGAUGGGUAUUCCAGCAUGACAAUGACCCAAAACACACGGCCAAGGCAACAAAGGAGUGGCUCAAGAAGAAGCACAUUAAGGUCCUGGAGUGGCCUAGCCAGUCUCCAGACCUUAACCCCAUAGAAAAUCUGUGGAGGGAGCUGAAUGUUUGAGUUGCCAAACGUCAGCCUCGAAACCUUAAUGACUUGGAGAAGAUCUGCAAAGAGGAGUGGGACAAAAUCCCUCCUGAGAUGUGUGCAAACCUGGUGGCCAACUACAAGAAACGUCUGACCUCUGUGAUUGCCAACAAGGGUUUUGCCACCAAGUACUAAGUCAUGUUUUGCAGAGGGGUGAAAUACUUAUUUCCCUCAUCAAAAUGCAAAGCAAUUUAUUUAACAUUUUUGACAUGUGUUUUUCUGGAUUCUUUUGUUGUUAUUCUGUCUCUCACUGUUCAAAUAAACCUACCAUUAAAAUUAUACACUGAUCAUGUCUUUGUCAGUGGGCAAACGUACAAAAUCAGCAGGGGAUCAAAUACUUUUCUCCCUCACUGUACCUACCUACCUACCUACCUACCUACCUACCUACCUACCUACCUACCUACCUACAGGUUAUGGAAAAUUAGCUUCUACUGUAUGUCAAAGAUAAUAAAACAAAACAAAAAACUAUGGCAAAUACUACAGUAAUGUCUGCAAAAACACUACAGUAAAUACUACAGUAUACUAAAGUCCGCAAGAACACUACAGUAAAUACUACAUUAUAAACUGGGUGGUUCGAGCCCUGAAUGCUGAUUGGCUGACAGCCGUGGUAUACCACCGGUUUGACAGAACAUUUAUUUUUACUGCUCUAAUUACGUUGGUAACCUGUUUACUAUAGCAAUAAGGCACCUCGGGGGUUUGUGACAUAUGGCCAAUAUAACAUGGCUAAGGGCUGUGUCCACGCACUCCUCGUUGCGUCGUGCAUAAGAACAGCCCUUAGCCUUUGUAUAUUAGCCAUAUACCACACCCCCUCUGGCCUUAUUGCUUAAGUAUACUACACCCGCAAUAUCACUAUAUUAAUUAGUAUAGUAUAUACUACAGUUUUCUUUUACAACAGUAUUUGUACUUUAGUUAACUGUAAAUAGUAUAUUAUACUACAGUAAAUGCUACAGUAUUUACUGUGGUGUUUUUGAAGAUUUUAGUGUGUUUGUGUGGGUGCGGGUAUAUGUGUCACGAUCGUUAACGGAAGAUACGGACCAAGGCGCAGCGUGAUAAGCGUACAUUUUAUUAAGUACUUAACACGACACAAAACAACAAACAAACGAUACGUGAAGUCCUAGGUUACACAAAACAAACCUUUACGGAACAAGAUCCCACACUGACUAGUGCAAACAGGCUGCCUAAGUAUGGUCCCCAAUCAGAGACAACGAGAUACAGCUGCCUCUGAUUGGGAACCACCCUGGCCAACAUAGAUCUAAACGAUCUAGAACAUCAACAUAGAAAAUAUAACACAGAAACUACACACCCUGGCUCAACAUUUCAGAGUCCCCAGAGCCAGGGCGUGACAAUAUGUGUCUCACUGUCUCAUCCCAAAAUACCAUUCUCUGAAAGGAGCAUAAUGUAAUCAAUCAUGAAAUUAGUAUUUUUAAUUAUUAUUGUUUGAUAUGAUGACUGCCAUGUGUUUCAAUUACCUGCUUAUUGUCAAAUUAACCACAGCGUAUUGUCUCUGCUUUGUGGGACUGUCAAACUGAACAAUGCACUUAUAUAUUUCCAUAGCCUGUUGAAGUGACUCACUGCGUCUGGUUAGAUGUCCUUUUGAGACAUUCACCAUAAAAUGCUUGAGCUGAGAAAUGUUUUAUGAAUAUUUAAAUAUUGGUGCGUGUCUGUGUGUGUGCGUCUGUCUGUCUGUUUGUGUGUGUGUGUGCGUUGUGUGUGUGUGUGUGUGUGUGUUUUAAUAAUGAGCAGUAAGACAGAAGUAAGCCGGUCUGACCUUUCCGGAGUGCCUUAUAAUGAUGUAGCAGCCAUUUCAUUGAUUUGUUGUCGGUCGCUAAAUCACUUCCUGCCUUCCCAAAAUAGAAACAAAGUUGUUUGGAUUAUGCAAAGCAGAGGAAGAGCAUUCUUAAUUGCAACUUCAAUUUCAACCCACCACAUCAUAAUUCCACUCUACCCCCAUCCCCACACCUAUCUGUCUGUUUUCCGCUCUUAUCUCUGUAACUCUCUCUCCCUCUCUCUCUGUAUCUCUCUCUCUCUCUAUUUGUGUCUCUGUAUCUCUUUCUGUUUCUUUCUCUCUGUGUCUCUUCUCUCUGUAUCUCUUUCUCUGUAUCUUUCUCUCUCUCUCUCCCACGUCUCUUCUCCCCUCUUCUUUCUAGUGUCAACCUAUGUCUUGUUCCUUUCAUCUCUCUUGACCUUGCUCUUUUUCUCUCUCUUCAAUGGGGAUAACACUGUCGCUGUCAAUGGUUACACCUUUGAACCACCUUUGAACCACCUUUGUGUGUUGUGAUUGUAUAUAGGCACUUAGACAUGAUCUGUUAUGAAUGCUUAUAAUGUAGGUGUAUAAUGCACCAUGAAGGACAAUUAAUUUAUAAUGCAUGCUACACAGGUGGUUGAUAGAAAAUGUUAUCAUGUAGCUGGGAUGUACAUGAUGUAACCAUGUAUAAACUCUUCCUUGCCGCUCUUCCCUACUCUUAUUCAACAAUAGCCAUCUGCUGAACAGAGUGUAAUCCAAACUAAGGGAUAGGUGUAAUAGGAGUAACCCUAUAUAUAUGUGUGUGUGUGAAAGGUACAACUAUACCUGGUACUGGUACAAAUGGUGUCCCACUGUGAUUAAGUGACACCCUGCUUCCUGUCCCUCACUUCCUGCUUCCUGUGGUCUCCUAGGCGAUCCACUCGGUUGCCUGGCACCAUGAGGGCAAGCAGUUCAUCUGUAGUCACUCAGACGGAACGCUCACCAUAUGGAACAUUAAGGGCCAGGGCAAGCCAUUUCAGACAAUCACCCCACACGGUGAGGUUGAACAUACGCACACAUUCACACCAUGCUGUCACUUUUCACCCUCAAUUUUAUAACAAUUUGCAACCUGUCUUUAUAACUUUUCUCAGGUUUUCAACCAUUUCUCCUUUGUCAGUGAUCAAGGGUUUAAUUUACUCCUUGGUUAAAUGUUUCCUUCGCUUAGAUGUCUGUCCCCACACAACAUAAGCAAAUAAAGCGAGAGAGAGAGAGAAAGCAUAGUGAGAGAUAGAAGAGAGAUAACCAAGAGAAAGGGAGCGAGAGAAAGCAAUGGAAACCUCUUUGAACCCCUUUCUAAAAGUACAGUUUCAUUGCUGUUGAGUAUGGUGUAAUAGGGAAAGGAUUCCAUUGGAACUGUUUUUAAUUAGUUGUUUCUCCCACUGCUGCAUGCAUAAUCAGUUUAGUAUUUAAUGAACAAUUAUGAAAACGUGUGUGUCAGGUUUAUGUGAAAUUAAAAAAGGCUCCCUUUAAGCAAUUUAAUUCAGGCUAGGUAACAACUAUAAAUCAUUUAUGAUUAAAUUAUUCCUCUGUAGUGUAGACUUAUUUGACAACUCCUAGGUUUAAUUUAUUUGGUCUUUGUGCACAUAGCUAGCAUUUAUUCACAAAUGUAUCUCUCUUUCCCUCUCUCUGAUGGAUAGACCUGAGUCACUGUCUGGUACACACACACCGCCUUGCACUGGGUAUUACUGCAGCGUCAGGGAAAAAGGUUGGAAGAAAAUGAAAGAGAGUGGAGAGGAAAGGAAGUAGAGGAGAGGAGAGGAGCGAGAGCAAGGGAAAAGAGGAGAGAGGGAAGGAAGUAGAGAGCAGGAGGCGAAUAAAAAAGGGAACUAAAGUGUUUUCCUAUUUCAGGAAAACAGCCCAAGGAUGGAAAGAAGCCAGAGCCUUGCAAACCCAUUCUCAAAGUGGAGUACAAGACCACUAGACUGGGGUAAGGGCACACACACGCACACAGGCCUACCAUGCUAGAAGAGGAGAAGGAAUAUGGCCUUCCAUGUGUUCAUGUGUCUCAUGUGUCUGUUCAUGUGUGUGUGUGUGUCUAUGUGUGUUAUACAGAGACCCAUUCAUGAUCCUGUCUGGAGGUCUGUCUUAUGACACGGUGGGUCGGCGGCCAUGUCUGACGGUGAUGCAUGGGAAGAGUACAGCCGUGCUGGAAAUGGAUUACCCCAUCGUAGACUUCCUCACGCUCUGUGAGACGCCAUACCCUAACGGUCAGUCAUCCUGUGCACGCGUACUUGUGUGUGUGUGUGUGUUUGUUUGUAUGCUUGCUAUAUCAUUAUCUACAAAUAUCCCAGUAUGCCAGUGUGUUUAUGAGUGGAAUCAAUUUAAUUAGCAAGUACACUGAUGACUUUGUUGUUGUGUUUCCAGUUGGACUAAUAAUACAUUGUGUCCUAGCCCUUCUCAACGUUGACAUUUGACCUUUCUGUUGAAUUUCCAUUUGUACUCCAAACGAAGAGUGAGUGUGUGUAUGUGUGUGUGUGUGUGUGUGUGUGUGUAUAUAUGAAAUAUCCCAGGGGAGGUUUAUGCUCUGCACUCAAUAUACAGUACAAUGAAUGUUAUGUUUGUAUUGUCUCCCUUGUUCACAAUAGCUGUCUGACCUUAUUGCAUUAUUACAUUAUUACAUCAAUGGCCUGUCAUUUGUGAGAUGACAUCCCUUGGGAAAAGGUUUUCAUUGAUGGUGAUGAUUUGGGAUGUUGUGUUCUCUAGAUCAUUAUGAAAUGACAGAGGUGUUGACUUUGUUGUCUUGUUUUGGUUUUGUUUGCUAGUAAAGAUGUGUGUGUUUAAUUGGGACACCUUUGAGUGGAGGUGGGAAUAGACCUUAUUCAAUCGAAUGGCGUUUUACAUCUUGUACCGAAAUGUCUGGUUGUCUGGGCCGGAGAGGAGAGGAGCUGGGUGUAGAACAGACAAAAGAGUACGCUCCCCUCCUCACUUCUGUUAUUAUUACCUGCGCAAUACCUCCAGGUAGCCUCUGAUUAAAGCCUGAGAAAUUAAUCAGGUUAAGGUUGGAUGGAGGUUUCAGCUUCCUUAUUUAAAUGCGCUUAUUGUAAAUCAGUUAGCCCCAGAUUAAGGGGUAGUAGAGAAUGUUCACCAAUCAGCAAAAUUGUCCUUCAAGGGGGAGAAGCAGUGUGUGGGGUGGCAGGUAGCCUAGCGGUUAAGAGUGUUGGGCCAGUAACCUAAAGGUCGCUGGUUUGAAUCCCUGGGACGAUUAGGUGAAAAAUCUGUUGAUAUGCCCUUGAGCAAGGCACUUAACCCUAAUUUCUCCUGUAGGUCGUGCUAGAUAAGAGCGUCUGCUAAAUGAUGAACAUGUAAAAAAUGUGUACUACAGUGGAAAUAGCUACCAUGUUGUCUCUCACAACAAACUAUAAUUUAUUCAUUGGUUUGAUGUUAUAAUUUAUAUCAUGGUUUAAUGCUUGUUGUUUUGGGUUGAUGGAAAAGAUUGAUGUUCCAGUCGGUUGCUGGUUCAAAUGGUACAGUAGGCUAAUCUUGGAUUUUAGGAUGAUGCUUGAUCAAGGUUUUACAUACAGUUGAAGUCGGAAGUUUACAUACGCUUAGGUUGGAGUCAUUAAAACUUGUUUUUCAACCACUCCACAAAUUUCUUGUUAACAAACUAUAGUUUUGGCAAGUCGGUUAGGACAUCUACUUUGUGCAUGACACAAGUACUUUUUCCCAACAAUUGUUUACAGACAGAUUAUUUCACCUAUAAUUCACUGUAUCACAAUUCCAGUGGGUCAGAAGUUUACAUACACUAAGUUGACUGUGCCUUUGAACAGCUUGGAGAAUUCCAUAAAAUGAUGUAAUGGCUUUAGAAGCUUCCGAUAGGCUAAUUGACAUAAUUUGAGUAUUUCAAGGCCUACCUUCAAACUCAGUGCCUCUUUGCUUGACAUCAUGGGAAAAUCAAAAGAAAUCAGCCAAGACCUCAGAAAAAAAAUUGUAGUUCUCCACAAUUCUGGUUAAUCCUUGGGAGCAAUUUCCAAACGCCUGAAGGUACCACGUUCAUCUGUACAAACAAUAGUACGCAAGUAUAAACACCAUGGGACCACGCAGCCGUCAUACCGCUCAGGAAGGAGACGCGUUCUGUCUCCUAGAGAUGAAUGUACUUUGGUCGAAAAGUGCAAUCCCAGAACAACAGCAAAGGACCUUGUGAAGAUGCUGGACGAAACAGGUACAAAAGUAUAUAUAUCCACAGUUAAACGAGUCCUAUAUCGACAUAACCUGAAAGGCUGCUCAGCAAGGAAGAAGCCACUGCUCCAAAACCGCCAUAAAAAAGCCAGACCAUGGUUUGCAACUGCACAUGGGGACAAAGAUCAUACUUUUUGGAGAAAUGUCCUCUGGUCUGACGAAACAAAAAUAGAACUAUUUGGCCAUAAUCGUUAUGUUUGGAGGAAAAAGGGGGUCACUUGCAAGCCGAAGAACAUCAUCCCAACCGUGAAGCACGAGGGUGGCAGCAUCAUGCUGUGGGGGUGCUUUGCUGCAGGAGGGACUGGUGCACUUCACAAAAUAGAUGGCAUCAUGAAGAAGGAAAAUUAUGUGGAUAUAUUGAAGCAACAUCUCAAGACAUCAGUCAGGAAGUUAAAGCUUGGUCGCAAAUGGGUCUUCCAAAUGGACAAUAACCCCAAGCAUACUUCCAAAGUUUUGGCAAAAUGGCUUAAGGACAACAACGUCAAGGUAUUGGAGUGGCCAUCACAAAGCCCUGAUUUUCAAUCCUAUAGAAAAUGUGUGGGCAGAACUGAAAAAGCGUGUGUGAGCAAGGAGGCCUACAAACCUGACUCAGUUACACCAGUUCUGUCAGGAGGAAUGGGCCAAAAUUCACCCAACUUAUUGUGGGAAGCUUGUGGAAGGCUACCCGAAAUGUUUGACCCAAGUUAAACAAUUUAAAGGCAAUGCUACCAAAUACUAAUUGAGUGUAUGUAAACGUCAGACCCACUGGGAAUGUGAUGAAAUAAAUAAAAGCUGAAAUAAAUCAUUCUUUCUACUAUUAGUCUGACAUUUCACAUUCUUAAAAUACAGUGGUGAUCCUAACUGAUCUAAAACAGGGAAUUUUUACUAGGAUUAAAUGUCAGGAAUUGUGAAAAACUGAGUUUAAAUUUAUUUGGCUAAGGUGUAUGUAAACCUCCGACUUCAACUGUACUGUAUUCAGACGAUAAUGAAAAGUGUGUCAAUGAUGUUAAAAGGAAUAACUUAAUCCUUGGAUUAAAUCAUGCUAUGUAAAAGCAAUUCACGAAACUAUGAAAUCUCUGUCAUGACAUAAUCCUCCUUAGACCCUCAUAAACAAUGAUGAAUAUCCUUAGGCAGUUUACUGUCGAUAUGCAUGUGUGAAUGGGUGUAAAGAGGAUGAGAGUGCAUCUUAACCGCAGCAAAUGGGGGCUAAGUCAUGUGGAUGUAGCUCAUUCAAAAAGUGUGUGUGCUGUAGCUUGAAGUGUGUGUGUGUGUGUGUGUGUGUGUGUGUAGCUUGAAGUGUGUGUGUUGUGUUUGGGGAUGACGUGGGGGCUCGAGGAAAUGGUUUAGCAGACGAUCUGACGAUGGUUACGUAAUGGUGACCAUGGCGAACGACCUGAUGUUGGGAUGCUUUGAUUUCAUCUCGUUAUGGAGACAAUACUGGGCUGAUUACUCCACCACUGGCUCAAUCUGCUGUUACUGUGAGAGACAGGGAGGAGGGGGAUGAUGUUAUGGAACAUGAUCAUUUUAUAUUUUUAUUAUGGAAUGUAGGCUUUUUGUGUGGUCAUAUGGAAAGAUCAGAGACAGAUCAAUGACAGAGAGAUAUACAAACUAACAGAUAUUGGCAGGCAGGCAGGCAGCACAGACAGCUGGACGUAGAUGGACUGACAGACAUAGCGACAGACACCAAAGAAUGAGAAACACUUAGAGAAUGUCUGGAACAUUCUAACAGACAAAAGGAGAUAGUGAGAGAAGGCAAGAGGGAGUUGGUGAGAGAGGGACAUUGAUUGUGGCUGCCCUGGUAUACAAUGUGUUUCAAUGGGGAGUUACAGCCUGUAGCUGCACUGACUUGGAAGUGAAGACACUGAAUACAUGUUCAAGGCUUCUAGCUCACACACUGUUCUCUCUGCACACACCUCACGCACACGCACGUAUGCACCCACACACACAUGCACACAUGCAUGCAUGCACCCACCCACACACAUACACACAUAAACACACACUAACACACAAACACACACAUCGUCCUCUUGCUGCCUCAGAUGCCAACAAAAGAACACUGCAUUUUCUUCCUACCACCUCCAACAGCAUACUGCUAUUGUUCUGCCUUAUGUACAGUAUAGGCAUUUCAGGUCUGAUGUAUUCUCUCAUAUUCCUACAGCUCAGUUCAUUUUCAUCCAAAGCUUUAUUUAGCAAAAUUAUGUUCCAUAAUCAAACAUGUAAACUCAUAUUCAGUUUAAUAUUGAUAUGCACUUUAAAUGUUACUAUAUAUUCCUAAUGUACAAAGCCUCAAGCUAAUUUAUUUUGUCAACAUCUUGAAGGCACUCAUGAUGUCCUUUGAGAAUUGUAGAUAUCAGAGGAGAAGAUUUACAGUGAAUAUACCCUACAUAGUGUAUUGUGUUGAGGAAUGACCUCCAUCUUACUUUUUGUUGUUUGUUUUCUGUUCAGAUUUUCAGGAACCUUAUGCUGUAGUGGUCCUUCUAGAAAAGGAUUUAGUGGUGAUCGACCUUGCACAAAAUGGGUAUGUCUGUUAACAAACUGAACAUGCUGUAUUAACAUAAAGGAUGUACUGUAGCUACUGUAUUAUUCUGACUUCCUGAAUGCUCCUCUUCAUUUAAAAUACAACAGUUAUUACUGCCUACAUGCUGUUAUAACUAUGUCACAAACAGGUAGUAUACUUGUUGUCGCUGUAGAUUUAGCUUUGAUUCUGUACUUUCAUUCAUUUUCAUUAUGUUGCAUGCAUCUCUUACAGUUUCUAUGAUUUGUACAUGGCCUAGCAUUAUAGGGACUUAAACUGAGAGCUAAAUAUAACUUUGUCCUGAACAAAACUCUUGUGUCAACAUUUCCCCUCUCCCAGUUACCCCAUAUUCGAGAACCCCUAUCCACUGACCAUCCACGAGUCUCCUGUGACCUGCUGUGAGUACUUUGCUGACUGCCCUGUGGACCUCAUACCCGCACUUUACUCUGUUGGCUCCAGACAGAAACGACAGGGCUACAGCAAAAAGGUACGGGAAAACACAUCUCUAUACUACACCUUCUCGGCUACUUAGCUUUUUGGGCGCCCUAAGCAAGAUUAGUUUUUUUGGGUUUUACCUCGCGUGUAAAACAUUUUAGUGGUCCCCCUCUUGACGACGGAGAGACGUUUCAAACAGUUAAUUUCCUGCAAUUGUACACGUUUUGCCAUGAGGCGAAGAGAAAAUGCUGUGGUUUUAAAGCACAUUUUUGGCCAUUCUACACAUUUUGCCAUGGGGUGGAGAUUUGCUUUUGCAGUUUUAAAACUCAUUUCAUGCAAUUCUACUCAUUGUGCCAUGGGGCGGACAGAACAUUUUGCAGUUUCAAAGCUAAUUUCCUGCAGUUCUACAAAUGUUGCCAUCGGGUGAAGAGAAAAUGUGCAGUUUUAAAGCACAUUUCCUGCAAUUCUACACAUUCUGCGAUGACUUAUGCUCAUAUGAUAGCUGAGUGCGAGUGGCUAACAAAAUCAAUGGGGGCCCCCUGGAGGUCAGCGCCCCUUGGCACAUGCCCUGCGUGCCUGGUCAGUAAUUCAGCCAUGAUUACUACAAGGUGUAGAUAGCUGGCUAGACUAACUUACCAAUUACAUUUAUUUUAGCUGACAUGGGCUAAUUGAGUGACUGUCAGUGACUGACAUUACAAGAGAAACUGCUGAUGCACAACUAACAUUUCUACUAUCUAACACUCACCAGUAAAUUGAGACCCCUGCUGAGUUCCACAUUUAAAAAAUAUAUAAUUGGGUUGGGGGCCCCCAUGCAGCCGGUGGCCUUAAGCACCCGCUUAUGUCACUUAUGCCCAGGGCCGGCCCAGUACGUAAUAUUCAGUACUGUGCUAUGUGCUAUACCAUCAUAUCCCAUCAUUGUUUACGUUGAAUUUUAUACAGUAUAUAAUCUAUCCCAUUAUAUUCUACAUUCCAAUCCCCACCCUGUUCCAGAUCCUAUCUCCUGAAUGUUUUUUCUUUUCAAAUGUAUACAUUUAUCCUUUCAUUUAUCCUACAGUAUCUCUGUUCUGCCCCUUUUUAUGUCAUUGUAUUCUUGUUAUAUUCUCCCCCGCUGUUGGAAAUGUCACCAUGUCCUGACCCUCUCCUCCCUCCAUCCCUUUCUCUCCUUCCCUGUUUCUUUCUGCUGUUUGUUAAGUAAGGGGUAGUUGUGGGAAGUGUUCUUACUGAAAGAUCAAUGUUGAGUCAUACCACUGACCUUUGUAUGUGCUACUGCAUUUAACACAACCUAAAAAACACAUUCACACUCUCUCAGACACAUACACACACACGCACACGUGCAUGCACGUGCACACGCACACACACACACACACUCACUCACUCACUCACUCACUCACUCACUCACUCACUCACUCACUCACUCACUCACUCACUCACUCACUCACUCACUCACUCACUCACUCACACUGACCUAAGCAUUACUCAUCCCUUUCCUCGACUGUGUCUGUCACCAUUGUAAAGGUUCCCUCUCCCUCUAUCUCUCAGACAAAUGACGUCCCAUCAGCCCAGCCUGGAGUCCAGUGGCUAAGAGAAGGCAUUUGUCUCCCUCCUCUUGAUUCCCUCCUGUCUCAUUCCAAUGCUCUCAUCAUCUUUUAUACUGUUUGUGUAGGAUAGCUAGAUUGUAUCUGAAAUUAUCUUAUUACUGAUUCCUUAUACAUACAGAAUGUAUCAAUCUCAAUAAUGACAAUUUAUUGUGUUGUCUUGUUUGCUGUAUUGUGUUGUGCAGGAGUGGCCCAUCAGUGGUGGUAACUGGGGCCUUGGCACACAGAGCUACCCUGAGAUCAUCAUCACUGGGUAGGAGACCAACUCUAUUUAACCAUUUUGCCUUUCCCCAUCCUGCCUAGCAGUCAUGAUGGAAAAAAACUCAGAGACAAGGAGAAGAAGCCUUUUACACUCUUAGAAAAAAGGGUUCCAAAAUGGUUAUUCAGCUGUCCCCAUACAAUAACCCUUUUUGGUUCCAGGUAGAACACUUUUGGGGUUCCAUGUAGAACCCUCUGUGGAAAGGGUUCUACAUGGAACCCAAAAGUUUUAUAUCUGGAAUCAAAAGGGUUCCACCUGGAACCAAAACAAAGUACACUCUUAGAAAAAAAAGGUGCUAUCUAGAACCAAAAAGGGUUCUUUGGCUGCUCCCAAAGAAGAACCCUUUGAAGAACCCUUUUUGGUUGUAGGUAGAACCCUUUUGUUCCAGGUAGAACCCUUUUGGGUUCAAUGUAGAACCCUUUCCACAGAGGGUUCUACAUGGAACCCAAAAUAGUUCUACCUUGAACCAAAAAGGGCUCUACUAGAAACCAGAAACGGAUUCUAAGAAUGUACCACUCUCUCUGUCUCCAACUCUCUGUUCAGCUGAAAUGGCAAAAAUAAAAAAAGAGAGAUUGGAGGACUCCGAGUGACACCAAGUGCCAGUGACACCGAGUGCAGACUAUACAGGACAAUUCCAGAAUGCAUUGCACCAUUGAGAGACAGGGUGAUUGUCUCUCCUCUCAUGUCGAUGUAUUCUUCUGUAGAGGUGAAUCUAGAAUAUAAUCAGAGGUAAAGCCAAGCUGAAUCAUUAGAGCUGUGGGUGUGUGUGCAGAAAGCUGAAGUCUUAAUUAUUCCCUCUCUGUUUCUCUGCCCCCUCUCCUUUCUUCGCCCUUUUCCUCUCUUUUUCUUUACGAUUCACAGGCAUGCUGAUGGGACUGUGAAGUUUUGGGAUGCUUCUGCAAGUAAGUGCCUUUACAUGGCCUUCCUUAUGUGUAAUAUCUUGGCCUAGAUGGCCUUAAAGAGUGAUUGUCAACAUGGAGUCAACAUGGAGCACAGUUUCCCAACUCUGUACGGUCUACCAAUGUCUCUGGUGUGUAACUGAGCUCUCUCCUAUCUUUUCCCAGUAAUGCUCCAGGUACUGUACAAGCUGAAGACGGCCAAGGUGUUUGAGAAGAGCAGGAAUAAUAAGGAGGACAAGCAGAACACAGAGAUUGUGGAUGAGGACCCGUUUGCCAUCCAGAUCAUGGCCUGGUGUCCUGAGAGCAGGAUGCUGUGUGUGGCCGGGGUGUCUGCCAACCUCAUCAUAUACCGCUUCAGCAAGCAGGAGAUCACCACCGAGGUUGUACAGGUGGGUCAGUGUGUGUGUGUGUGUGUGUGUGCGCGUGUGUGUGUUCACCAUUUCUCUGUACUUACCAUAUGGAAUUGUUGGAUAGUGUAAACUGAGAAACAUACCCAUUUAUUCUUUAUGCUUAUAGCCUGGCAGUAUGGAUGCCAUGACAACAUACAAAUAGUGUAGUGGUAAAUAUAGCCACCUGUAUACAGCUAGAUUCUCCCUUACUGAGCAGCGUCAUUAGUGGUUAAGUGAUGUAUCUCGUGUCCUGAAGGCUGUUCCUAGAGACAGUGAUUACCUCCCAAUGCCCUAUUAGAUGAGUCUCCAGCCAGUAAGAACACAAUACGGUUGCCAUGACAACAGACACACGGUAAACAACCUAACCAGUGUAUCAUUAUUUUACAUUUACAUUUUUUACAUUUUAGUCAUUUAGCAGACGCUCUUAUACAGAGCGACUUACAGUUAGUGAGUGCAUACAUUUUUCAUUUUGUGGCAGCUAUGAGAAGUGAAGUGAUGUGAGUUGUUGGAAUGCAGAUAAUGAUAUGAAGCUAAUGCAGCCUUAUCAGCAUUAUGUCAGUGGGUAUGCAUUUGGUUAGCAAUGAUGCCUUGGGUCUGGGGUGUGUGUCUGUGUCUGUCUGUGUGUGUGUGUGUGUGUGUGUGUGUCUGUCUGUGUCAAGUAUGUGAGCUGUGGAGAGAUUGAGAGCAGAGUUUAAGCCGAAGUGAAUCUUAUAAUUAGGAGAGGAGCUUCUCUUCUCACAGGGCAAUCUUUACCCCCAACCCCAGAUACAGAGAGAUGAAGGGAGAGAGAGAGAGAGAGAGAGAGAGAGAGAGAGAGAAGAGGGCACAGAUCAGCAUCACAUACACAUUCCAAUAGGGCUAAUUAGACUCCCAUCAUGCACUGCUUCGAGGCCUGUGGGUGCACUGGUGAUUGGUUGUGUGUGUGGGGGGUUGGGGGGGAAGGUGAUCUGACAUGCAGGGUCUUAACUCUGUAGCGGGUGGAGUGUGUGUGUGGGUGGGUGUGUGGGAGUCCAGUAGCCUGAAGGAGGACUUAGAAGAAAACCCUGGGAUAGCUCUGCUUCAGAGCACCUCCUUGACCCUGCAAUCACCCCCGUGAGCACACACACACACACACACACACACCAGAGAGGCAAAGCCACUCACCAGAUUGACGUGCUGAGACCAUUUGUAGGUGUCAUUAUAGAUGAAGAGUCCCUGCUCAGAAGGUGUUUUAGUCAUACUGAAGUAAUGGCUACUGAACUUUCAUAAUUGAGUUUGUGGAAUGUGUGUGUAUGUGUGUGUUCCCAAGCUGUUGGAGGUGCGUUUGCAGUACGAGGUGAAUGACAUGGAGUCCCCUCCAGAGGGGGGAGGCGGGGGGGACCGUGACCUGCCCACCCCCGGAGCAGCCUCACCCAGCCCCCAGACCACCGGACCCCCGACACACCCCUCCACCAGCAGCAACUCCUCUGACGGGGUCCGAGACAACGUACCCUGCCUUAAGUAUGCACCCUGCACCACCACAGCGUCACAUACAGUACAUAUCAUACACACACAUUCCCUCUCUGCAACAAAGUGUGGCAUUGGGACGCACAACUUAGCUACCCACCCACAGACUAUCCAAUACAAGAACGGUCUCAUUCUCUCACCCCCCCCCCCCCCCCCCCCCCUCUCUCUCUUUCUUUCUCUUCCUCUCCUUCUCUCUCUAUCUGUAGGGUGCGUAGUACCCCUCUGAAGCAGUCUCCAGGGUACCAGGUAGAGUUGGUGGUGCAGCUGGUGUGGGUGAGUGGAGAGCCCCCCCAACAGAUCACCAGCCUGGCCCUCAACUCCUCCUACGGCCUGUAAGUAUAAGGUGAUAGACAGUGUAUCUAUAUGAGAUUUACUGUACACCCUAAUGAAACGACCCAAUAUGGCACUUAAAUAUGGAGCUGUGUGCAAACCAACCAAGGACACUGUAAAAGUAAGAUAAGUUUCAAGGAGUGGUCUAUAUCUCAGCUUGAGUAACAAGUCCUCAAUUCAAAGAGUCAAAAUGUGGUUGUGAGCCCUAGAUUUGGGCCUGUUUGAUAUGAUUUCCCUCGUACAGCUGAAUGGAAUCAAGCCGUGUCAACACAAGUUAUGUCCGCUGGGAAAUUCAGACUGAGACUUCUGCUGCUUUGCUUUCUGGUAGAUCUAGCUACAGUGGGGAAAAAAAGUAUUUAGUCAGCCACCAAUUGUGCAAGUUCUCCCACUUAAAAAGAUGAGGCCUGUAAUUUUCAUCAUAGGUACACGCCAACUAUGACAGACAAAUUGAGAAAAAAAAAUCCAGAAAAUCACAUUGUAGGAUUUUUUAUGAAUUUAUUUGCAAAUUAUGGUGGAAAAUAAGUAUUUGGUCACCUACAAACAAGCAAGAUUUCUGGCUCUCACAGACCUGUAACUUCUUCUUUAAGAGGCUCCUCUGUCCUCCACUCGUUACCUGUAUUAAUGGCACCUGUUUGAACUUGUUAUCAGUAUAAAAGACACCUGUCCACAACCUCAAACAGUCACACUCCAAACUCCACUAUGGCCAAGACCAAAGAGGGUCAAAGGACACCAGAAACAAAAUUGUAGACCUGCACCAGGCUGGGAAGACUGAAUCUGCAAUAGGUAAGCAGCUUGGUUUGAAGAAAUCAACUGUGGGAGCAAUUAUUAGGAAAUGGAAGACAUACAAGACCACUGAUAAUCUCUCUCGAUCUGGGGCUCCACGCAAGAUCUCACCCCGUGGGGUCAAAAUGAUCACAAGAACGGUGAGCAAAAAUCCCAGAACCACACGGGGGGACCUAGUGAAUGACCUGCAGAGAGCUGGGACCAAAGUAACAAAGCCUACCAUCAGUAACACGCUACGCCGCCAGGGACUCAAAUCCUGCAGUGCCAGACGUGUCCCCCUACUUAAGCCAGUACAUGUCCAGGCCCGUCUGAAGUUUGCUAGAGUGCAUUUGGAUGAUCCAGAAGAGGAUUGGGAGAAUGUCAGAUGAAACCAAAAUAUAACUUUUUGGUAAAAACUCAACUCGUCGUGUUUGGAGGACAAAGAAUGCUGAGUUGCAUCCAAAGAACACCAUACCUACUGUGAAGCAUGGGGGUGGAAACAUCAUGCUUUGGGGCUUUUUCUGCAAAGGGACCAGGACGACUGAUCCGUGUAAAGGAAAGAAUGAAUGGGGCCAUGUAUUGUGAGAUUUUGAGUGAAAACCUCCUUCCAUCAGCAAGGGCAUUGAAGAUGAAACGUGGCUAGGUCUUUCAGCAUGACAAUGAUCCCAAACACACCGCCCGGGCAACGAAGGAGUGGCUUCGUAAGAAGCAUUUCAAGGUCCUGGAGUGGCCUAGCCAGUCUCCAGAUCUCAACCCCAUAGAAAAUCUUUGGAGGGAGUUGAAAGUCCGUGUUGCCCAGCGACAGCCCCAAAACAUCACUGCUCUAGAGGAGAUCUGCAUGGAGGAAUGGGCCAAAAUACCAGCAACAGUGUGUGAAAACCUUGUGAAGACUUACAAAAAACGUUUGACCUGUGUCAUUGCCAACAAAGGGUAUAUAACAAAGUAUUGAGAAACUUUUGUUAUUGACCAAAUACUUAUUUUCCACCAUAAUUUGCAAAUAAAUUCAUUAAAAAUCCUACAAUGUGAUUUUCUGGAUUUUUUUUCCUCAAUUUCUCUGUCAUAGUUGACAUGUACAUAUGAUGAAAAUUACAGGCCUCUCUCAUCUUUUUAAGUGGGAGAACUUGCACAAUUGGUGGCUGACUAAAUACUUUUUUUCCCCACUGUACAUCUCAUCUGAACCCCAAUCUCAUAUCUGUUUUUAUAUCUCCCUCUCUCUACGUCUCCUUCUCUCCUCUACCCCUACUCUCUCUCUCCUCUCUCACUCUCUCUCCCCCUCCCCUUCUUCUCUCCAACAGGAUUGUGUUUGGGAACAGUAAUGGUCUGGCGGUGGUGGACUACCUCCAGAAGACAGUGUUGUUGAACCUGGGGACAGUGGAGCUGUAUGGGUCUAACGAUCCCUAUCAGAGACAGCCUCGCUCUCCACGCAAGACACGCCAGCCUUCCGGAGGUAAUGGUAAAGACUGUUACCAGUUCACUGAUUUACCACCAAGCAGAUAGCUUUAUGUAGGCUUGUACUAUAUAUGGCCUUACAGUACAGUCUUUUGUAGUCUAAUACUAGAUAUGGUUUAUGUCAUCUUAAUUAUACUAUUACUUAUAGUUAUGUAGAUAUAGGCUGAUGCAGUCUUAUACGAUGUUACAAGGAUGAAAGGUAUACUUGGUAGAUGUGCUUAACGACUGUUCAGGCUGUAUCACAUGCACAUGUAGGCAGUCAAAAAAUAGCAAUGGUGGUGGUGACGAUGUUGUAUGAUGUUCUCUGUCUCCUCUCCUCCGUCUCUGUAUCUUUGCAAAUCCUUGAUAGGAUUUUGAAUGGUAUCUAAAUUGUUCUUUUGAUGAUUCAGUACAUCAUCUUCUCUCUGUAGUGCCUGGCUGGCACACACACACUCAGACACAUAAACGCCCCAUCCCUCCUACACACACCCUGUCAGUGCAGCGCUGUGGUGUUAUUGACAGACAGCAGCAUCACUGACUGCAUUAUGACAUACUGCCACCUUUUGUUCAGUGAUGGUACUACAGUCUCCAGCAUCACCAAAUCAAUGCCAAUAACCACUGUGGUGUACUGACUCUGUAACCUGCGUGGCUUAGCAACAGCUUGGUGAGGAAAUUAGAAGUAUGUGUGUGUGUGUGUGUGUGUGUGUGCAGCAUCUGGUGUAAUUGACUUUGGUUAGCAGUGGGCUGGCACCUGUCAGAGUGUGGGGUCUUAGCAGUAAUGACUUCUCCAGCUGUUCUGUCUGUCCUACCCACAGGAUUAGAGUCUGGCUUGGGUCUGUCUGUCUGUCUGGGACUAGGCCUUCUGGCUCUAUGUACAGGAAGGCUGGGGCAAUGGCACAGCACAAGGGCAAUGGCUUGGAUAGCAGUCUGUUUAGUCUGUUUCAGCUCUGGUCUCUUUGGCAGACAGAGAAAAUGGCGCUAUACUCAAAUUAAACCUACAUAUCAUGACAUCCUUAUCAAACAGAAAGGGACAGAGUACAUGUAAUCUGUUGUUUGAUGAUAAUGAUAUCUAAUGUUGUGCAAUGUCUGUCUCUUCUGCAACAGGUCUGUGUGACAUCAACGAGAGUUCUGCCUCGGAGGACCGCUGCAAAUCCCCCACUUCAGGUAAACUGUCUUUCAGCAUAUUAGAGUUAGCGUUACACUGGUACCCACAUCAGUUACAACACCUACUGACUUUACCCACAACCCAUUGUUUAGUAACAGGUGGGUUGUGGAUAAUAAGCAUGAUUCACUUGAAGACUGUAUAUUGACCUAACCUGAAAAUUAUGAAUUCAGUGUAAACAACAGGUAGUACAUACACUACAUGACCAAAAGGAUGUGGACACCUGCUCGUCGAUGGGCAUUAAUAUGGAGUUGGUCCCCCCUUUGCUGCUAUAACAGCCUUCUGGGAAGGCUUUCCACUCGAUGUUGGAACAUUGCUGCGGGGACUUGCUUCCAUUCAGCCACAAGAGUAUUAGUGAGGUCGGGCACUGAUGUUGGAAGAUUAGGCCUGGCCCCCAAAAAAUCCACUAAUUUGAAGGGGUGUCCACAUAUUUUUGUAUAUACACUACCGUUCAACAUUUUGGGGUCACUUAGAAAUGUCCUUGUUGAAAAAAAAAGAAAUACAGUGGAGACAUUGUUAACGUUGUAAAUGGCGAUUGUAGCUGGAAAUGGCUGAUUUGUAAUGGCAGAUCUACAUAGGCGUACAGAGGCCCAUUAUCAGCAACCAUAAGUCCAGUGUUCCAAUGGCACGUUGUGUUUGCUAAUCCAAGUUUAUCAUUUUAAAAGGCUAAUUGAUCAUUAGAAAUCCCUUUUGCAAUUAUGUUAGCACAGCUAAAAACUGUUGUGCUGAUUAAAGAAGCAAUAAAACUGGCCUUCUUGACACUAGUUGAGUUUCUUGAGCAUCAGCAAUUGUGGGUUCGAUUACAGGCUCAAAAUGGCCAGAAACAAAUAACUUUCUUCUGAAACUCGUCAGUCUAUUCUUGUUCUGAGAAAUGAAGGCUAUUCCAUGCGAGAAACUGGCAGCUUCAUUAAAUAGUACCCGCAAAACACCAGUCUCAAUGUCAACAGUGAAGAGGCGACUCCGGGAUACUGAUUUUCUAGGCAGAGUUGCAAAGAAAAAGCCAUAUCUCAGACUGUCCAUCUUAAUCUUUUCUUUUUAUUGGCUAGUCUGAGAUAUGGCUUUUUCUUUGCAACUCUGGCUAGAAGAUCAGUAUCCCGGAGGUACUAUUUAAUGAAGCUGCCAGCUGAGGACCUGUGAGGCGUCUGUUUCUCAAACUAGACACUAAUGUAUUUGUCCUCUUGCGCAGUUGUGCACCGGGGCCUCCCACUCUAUUCCUGGUUAGAGCCAGUUUGCGCUGUUCUGUGAAGGGAGUAGUACACAGCGUUGUACAAGAUCUUCAGUUUCUUGGCAAUUUCUCGCAUGGAAUAGCCUUCAUUUCUCAGAACAAGAAUAGACUGAUGAGUUUCAGAAGAAAGUUAUUUGUUUCUGGCCAUUUUGAGCCUGUAAUCGAACCCACAAUUGCUGAUGCUCCAGAUACUCAUCUAGUCUCCCGAGUGGCGCAGUGGUCUAAGGCACUGCAUCACAGUGCUAGCUGUGCCACUAGAGAUCCUGAUUCGAAUCCAGGCUCUGUCGUAGCCGGCCGUGACCGGGAGACCCAUGAGGCGGCUCACAAUUGGCCCAGCGUCGUCCAGGGUAGGGGAGGGAAUGGCCGGCAGGGAUGUAGCUCAGUUGGUAGAGCAUGGCGUUUGCAACGCCAGGGUUGUGGGUUCGAUUCCCACAGGGGGCCAGUAUAAAAAAAUAAAAAAAAAUUAUAAUGUAUGGUCUCACUAACUGUAAGUCGCUCUGGAUAACAGCGUCUGCUAAAUGACUAAAAUGUAAAUGUAAUGUAGUCUCAAGAAAGCCAGUUGUAUUGCUUCUUUAAUCAGCACAACAGUUUUCAGCUGUGCUAACAUAAUCGCAAAAGGGUUUUCUAAUGAUCAAUUAGCCUUUUCAAUUGAUAAACUUGGAUUAGCAAACACAACGUGCCAUUGGAACACAGGACUGAUGGUUGCUGAUAAUGGGCCUCUGUACGCCUAUGUAGAUAUCCCAUAAAAAAUCUGCAGUUUCCAGCUACAAUAGCCAUUUACAACAUUAACAAUGUCUACACUGUAUUUCUGAUCAAUUUGAUGUUAUUGUAAUGGACAAAAAAAAUGUUUUUCUUUCGAAAACAAGGACAUUUCUAUGUGACCCCAAACUUUUGAAUGGUAGUGUAUAUAGUGUAUUUGCAUGUAAUUCUAUUAGAAUGCAUGAGCGAGAUUUGGCUGCUAUUGGUAAAUAUGGUUCUCUCUGAGAUGUCACACUCACACCUUUGGAUGUGGGAACCUUUUCUAUAAAACCAAAAGUGUUACAAUUCUCUGACUGAAAGUUUGAUUUCAGGCAGACUUUAUUGAAGGGUGAAGUUACAACUGGAGGUUUUUGGGUUUAAAUAAUUCUUUUUUUACAGGUCUCAGUUGUGUACUGACACUUCAUACUUUCAAUAAAAUAGAAAUAAGCAUAAAAAAUUAAUUUGAUUGAUUUUGGCAGUUUUAAGAUGUUUUAUCAAAACCUGGGACAUAAGCAGUAAACUGUGGAGUGGCCGCUAUGAUUCUGAAUUGCCUAGACAGUUAAGGACCAUAAAACUCACUGAAUUAGUGAAUAAGUACUCUGAGGUCAGUCCAAGAUAGAAAUGUAUUGAUUCCUACCAAAUAGGAUAUUAGUUUAUAAGGAGGGUUAGUUUAUAUGGACCUUCACAAUCUUGGACAACCUCAAUAAUCCCAUUAAAAUGAGAAAAAUGCUUUUUCUACCAUUCUACGAUUUGCCAAGAUACAUUUUUUUUCUAUCUAGGAUUUUGUCUGUGUCUUCCAGACCUCAUAUUUCGUUUGGACGUUUAUAGGACCUGAUGUAGUAGUUUCCUUGCCAGUUGGUUUUAUUCAUAUAAUGCUGUGGCAUUUUCAGAUCUAGAAAUUAAAUGAAACUGAAAACCUUCCUGUGAGUUCCAGGUGAGAUCUGAUCAUGUAGCUAGGAGAUGCAGAUUCAAUUAUAGAUUGUUGACAAACUACAUCUGUAUUUAUUAUCUAAAGUAUAUGGAACAUGGUCAUACACAGGUCAACAACAAACAACACUUUUCAAACAUCUGCCCUUUGUUAGAUUUGCACAAACAAAUCGUUCUAGUCCCCUCCACAGUUACUGUCAAGACAAGGUGCUUCCUCGAUGCCCUGCCCUGGAUGAUUAUUCUCGGUUUGCUAAAUUAGCAUUUGAGGUGACGAGGCAUGCUAAUGAGAGAACAACCCAGUUCCAUCUUAUUACUGGGAGCUUGACAUUAACACACAGACAUUGGGGCUAAAACACAGAGCUGAGCUGAUUUUUAAAAGGUCACACAGAAAAAAAUAAGUUGUCCCAAGACUGAAGUCCUACUUCUAGCAAUGUUCCAGGUGUUCAGUCAACUACGCCAACCCCCAACAUCUGGUGUUGCUAGCUAGACACUGCCUCAGUUCACCUGCUAUUUAUGAGGAUGGCAUAUCUGAUAUCCAGUCUUGCCUUGAGCAUAUGUCUCCUCCUAAUUAAGAUUAUAGAGUCGUCGGGAGAGUCAACAAGGCUUUAUAGAUUUGUGCCGCUAAGAAAAUAAGUAGUCUGAGCAAAAAUGUACACUAUGUCAACAAAUAUUCUGCAUGCACCCAGGUAUUGUUGAAACUGAAGAUUGAGGAAAACUGCUACCAAUUGGUUUACGUGUUACAAUGAUAACAAGACGAAAAACAGUCCUUCCACGAAUGGACACAUUUCGGGAACAGUGACUGGUAGGCGGUAUGGUAAAGUACCAGGAUGUUUCUAACUUCACGUUUAUCUACUUCCUCUCAAAAGUGUUGGCGUCAAACCAUCAGCAAUUCUACAAUGGAGGUGGGGGUAGAGGAGGUAAGAGUGGCCAAAGACUUCAACCCUGGAGUAGUUUGGUCAGGGAUAGUACACUGUAUAAAAUAAGGUGUCCGCCCCUGUUUUCUUCUAGCAACCUGUCUCUGUCUCUGUUUCAUAGUCACCUCAGUGGCACUGAAUCACUGUUUGACUUAGAAUAAAACUAAAAUAACAUGCACACACCCACACAGAGACACACUUAGAACGGUAUACCCUAGACCUCCAUUGCAUGCUACAUGUUUGUAGCACGAAUGUCACGUCGUGAAAUGUGCCUGUGGCAAAUGUCCUUAUCAGCCUCAACGAUUGUUCCACCUUCACCCCCGCUCCUGAUUGGCUGUCUGUCUGUCUGUAGUUAUGACAUCACAGCAGUCUAUUUGUAGUCAAUCUGUUCUUGUCCAACUCUGUCUUCUGUCUGUCCAACACCGUUGACUUUGCAGCAAGGUUUAAAUUCACUAUCAUUCUCUACCUCAUAGAUUUAGGGGACAUUAUCAGUUUAAGAAGUGCUGUCUUUGCUUACAAGACAAAUUCUGUGUGCAAGGUGUCUCUAACAUUAGUUAAUAAGGAAUAUAAAUGGACUGUAAUAAGCUCAGGAGGCUCCAAAAGUUAACGUAGUUCUGACUACCUAGCUAACAGUGCCUUGUAGGCCCCACCAGAGAUACACCUUCUCUGAUUGUACUGUACUGUCCUUCCACUGCCUUCUUCCAUCAUGCUCACUUCCUGCUCACUUCCUGUUUCCUGUUUCCUUCCUGUCCUCGGUGCAUGCUCCUGUGGUGAGGGGUUCUGAAUGAAUGUGUAUCUUCUUAUGAUUCCUCUCUUCCAGGGCACUGUGUGUGCGACAUAUGACAGCUUACUUCCUUGUUGUUAUUUUGUCCGUUCCAGCAUUCAUCUUUGAUUCAACAGAGUUGUCUUCCUCUGAUGCUCUAAUGCUUCCUUCCUAUUUCAUUCUAAAGCAUUUUGCCUCCCCUGAAGCACAAUGAAGCAAUGCCCAACAGUUAUACCAAAGCCAAAGCUUUUGUCUAAGCUUAUGUGUAUGUAUAGUAACGCUAUAAGCACAACCACAGCCCAGUCCUAGCUGCUAGCUCCCAACUCCUAGCUCCUAGCUAGCUUUGCAUGGCCUGUCGUGUUAGCUUAGGUGUGUUUGUAAAGAGGGAUGUUCUCUUUUUUCCAGCAAAGAUGUCUCGGAAAUUAAGCUUGCCUACUGAGCUAAAGCCAGACUUGGGUAAGCCUUAACUUCGUGUUUACAAUUUUGCUUUUCUUAAUUAUUUUUUUAGAAAAACUGGACUUCACUGUAUCCUCAAGUCCAAAUGGUCUCACGAUAUGAGCAUCUCAAGGGAAUAAUAUGAGUUCCAUAUUUAGGUUACUAUCCAUGAAUAUAACCUUAUGUAGUUUGUAUACAUACAGUGGGGAGAACAAGUAUUUGAUACACUGCCGAUUUUGCAGGUUUUCCUACUUACAAAGCAUGUAGAGGUCUGUAAUUUUUAUCAUAGGUACACUUCAACUGUGAGAGACGGAAUCUAAAACAAAAAUCCAUAAAAUCACAUUGUAUGAUUUUUAAGUAAUUAAUUUGCAUUUUAUUGCAUGACAUAAGUAUUUGAUCACCUACCAACCAGUAAGAAUUCCGGCUCUCACAGACCUGUUAGUUUUUCUUUAAGAAGCCCUCCUGUUCUCCACUCAUUACCUGUAUUAACUGCACCUGUUUGAACUCGUUACCUGUAUAAAAGACACCUGUCCACACACUCAAUCAAACAGACUCCAACCUCGCCACAAUGGCCAAGACCAGAGAGCUGUGUAAGGACAUCAGGGAUAAAAUUGUAGACCUGCACAAGGCUGGGAUGGGCUACAGGACAAUAAGCAAGCAGCUUGGUGAGAAGGCAACAACUGUUGGCGCAAUUAUUAGAAAAUGGAAGAAGUUCAAGAUGACGGUCAAUCACCCUCGGUCUGGGGCUCCAUGCAAGAUCUCACCUCGUGGGGCAUCAAUGAUCAUGAGGAAGGUGAGGGAUCAGCCCAGAACUACACGGCAGGACCUGGUCAAUGACCUGAAGAGAGCUGGGACCACAGUCUCAAAGAAAACCAUUAGUAACACACUACGCUGUCAUGGAUUAAAAUCCUGCAGCGCACGCAAGGUCCCCCUGCUCAAGCCAGCGCAUGUCCAGGCCCGUCUGAAGUUUGCCAAUGACCAUCUGGAUGAUCCAGAGGAGGAAUGGGAGGUCAUGUGGUCUGGUGAGACAAAAAUAGAGCUUUUUGGUCUAAACUCCACUCGCCGUGUUUGGAGGAAGAAGAAGGAUGAGUACAACCCCAAGAACACCAUCCCAACCGUGAAGCAUGGAGGUGGAAACAUCAUUCUUUGGGGAUGCUUUUCUGCAAAGGGGACAGGACAACUGUACCGUAUUGAGGGGAGGAUGGAUGGGGCCAUGUAUCGCGAGAUCUUGGCCAACAACCUCCUUCCCUCAGUAAGAGCAUUGAAGAUGGGUCGUGGCUGGGUCUUCCAGCAUGACAACGACCCGAAACACACAGCCAGGGCAACUAAGGAGUGGCUCCGUAAGAAGCAUCUCAAGGUCCUGGAGUGGCCUAGCCAGUCUCCAGACCUGAACCCAAUAGAAAAUCUUUGGAGGGAGCUGAAAGUCCGUAUUGCCCAGCGACAGCCCCGAAACCUGAAGGAUCUGGAGAAGGUCUGUACGGAGGAGUGGGCCAAAAUCCCUGCUGCAGUGUGUGCAAACCUGGUCAAGACCUAGAGGAAACGUAUGAUCUCUGUAAUUGCAAACAAAGGUUUCUGUACCAAAUAUUAAGUUCUGCUUUUCUGAUGUAUCAAAUACUUAUGUCAUGCAAUAAAAUGCAAAUUAAUUACUUAAAAAUCUUACAAUGUGAUUUUCUGGAUUUUUGUUUUAGAUUCCGUCUCUCACAGUUGAAGUGUACCUAUGAUAAAAAUUACAGACCUCUACAUGCUUUGUAAGUAGGAAAACCUGAAAAAUCGGCAGUGUAUCAAAUACUUGUUCUCCCCACUGUAUAUUGCACUAGGGUUUGGCAAAAAGCCCUGUUGAUGGACUCAUGACUACCAAAAGGAUAGAUGUGUCCUAUGGAUUUCCAUAUUCAGACUAACUAACAAUCAUCAUUUGGCAGUCUAUCUGCUACUUCUUGAGAUAAACCUGGAGAUAAGAGGGGGAGAGGACAGACAUACAGCACCUUUUUUUGUAGAGAGCUUACCAAAAGUUCUACUACAGCACUUUUUGGUUGGAUAUUUUACAAAUUGCUACGCUAAACUAACCAGCACACUGUUGCAAUAGAGCUUUCUGUGUAUGUGUGUGUGUUCAGCUUUCUCUUCCCCUUUUCUGUAUCUCUACUUGUUUCUUUUGUGAUUAGUCCUUUCCAAAAGAUCAAACGUUUUCUUAUAGGUGACCGACAGAUGCAACGACAGAACAAAACGUCCUUCUUUAAUUUUGUUUUUAUCUGAACAGUUUACCCAAAUCGAAAAGCACAAUUACCUUCCUAGGAUGCCCAAAUGGCAGAAACCCUUAGAUGGGAAAGAGAGGGGUAUUGGGUCAGCACCUUAUCGAAUAUGCCAAAUAUGUCUGAUGCAGGGAUAUGAUAGACUGGUAAAAAAAUUUUUGAGGUGUCGACAUAUAACACACUAACUAAGUGUUUAUACAUUAUUUAUAAAAUUUUGUUAAUUCAUCAUCCCAUUAAUUCUUAUUAACUUAAUCAUUAGCAACUCACAAGUAGUUAUUAAGACUAAUAAGACUGUAUUAGCGUAUUAUAUUGACACCUCGUUUAAGAUUUUGAUGAUGGGUGAGUUGUUUUUAACUGAUAAAUAAAAUAAGACAAGUACAAAGUUGUAAAGUUUCAGUGAAAUCUUCCCAUGGGUCUCUUUCCUACAUGCCAAAUGUUCUCUAUGUGCCGACUCUUAAUUUUAUGAGUUCCAUCUGCUCCACAGAUAAAAGUUUUAUAUUCAUUCUUACCCAUCUGGACCUCAAACUCUAAGUUUGCCACGUAAGGAAAAAGGUUUUCCCCACAGUUUUUUCUACUUAAAAAAAAAAAAACAGUACAUCUUGUCAUCAACUGAUAAAGUUAUUUUACAGCUAUUUUACUACAUUUCAAAAGCUGUUUUAGACCUGUAUAAAAUGAACGUCUGCUCACUGUUUGCUGCUCCCGAGUGUAAUUGCUAUUUUAGCUUAGUGAUACAAUAAUGUUUUAACCGCAAUGUUGUUUGUCAGAUUCCAACUGCAGUCUACCAACCAUACAGCUGUUGUUUACAGUAUUCAGGUACUGUAUGUUUGUGUAUUGUGUGUAUUCUCUCUCUGUGUGUGUGGGUGCUUUACCUCUCUGUGCCCUCUCCUCUACUGUCCUCCUGUCUGUAUGUCCUCCACGGGGUGCCAACCCACUAGACCACCGGGACAACUCCUUCAGCCGUUCACGCUCCUCCUCCGUCACCUCCAUUGACAAGGAGGCACGCGAGGCCAUCACCUCCUUCCACUUCUGUGAGACGUUCGCCCGGAAGGGGGACAGCACCAUCACACCUUGCCUGUACGUGGGCACCUCCCUGGGCACAGUGCUGGCUGUGGCCCUCAACCUGCCCCCUGCUGGGGAACAGAGACUACUGCAGCCCGUCAUCGUCUUGCCUAGCGGUGGGUGUCUGGGUUAUGUGUAAAUGGAUGAGUGGGAGUGUGAUUGUGUGAGUAUGCAAAUGAAUACGUAAGGCAUGCUAACAACUCUUUGCUAUAUGUUUGCAUGUUUCUGUACACACAUUACAUCCCGCUCUACACAUAAUCUACAUACCAAAAGUUUGAUAAUACGUAGAUAUAUUUUCAACGCACCAACAUCUCAAUCCCCCCUAUCUGUCCAGGUACCCUGGGGCGUCUGAAGGGCAGUAUCCUGAGGAUGGCCUUCCUGGACAACACGGGCACCUUCCUCCCCCCUGCCUUCGAGCCGUGGUACGAGCCCAACGCUGUGGGCGCCGACAGUGAGGAGCGAGACAAAGGCCGUAAACGCCGCCCGGUCUCUGUGUCGCCCUCCACCUCCCAGGAGCUGCAGGAGAGCCAGUAUGCGGUGGUGUGCUCUGAGAAACAGGCUAAGGUCAUAGCACUGCCCUCCCAGAACUGCAUAUUCAAACACAGCAUCACAGAGACAUCGUUCGUCCUGAGGGCUGACGUGGUCCAGAUGAACAUAGGGAACUGUGUGGCUUGCUUCUGUGCUAACGGACACAUCAUGACCCUCAGGUGAGUCAGUGAGCCAUACAAACACACACAGGUCAGAGAGCUACAUACACUAAAGCUAAUUGAUAAUACCUAUAUUACAAUAGCUUAUCGAAUACUAAGGUUAGACUGAACGUUUCUAGAUGAAACGUUCCUUUUCUAGACACGCCCAGUAGAAUGUUGUUGUGUUUGAGUAACACUGUGUUGUAUGUGGUCUCCCUCUUUGUCUGCAGUCUGCCGGGGCUCAGACCGUUGCUGGAUGUAAACUACCUGCCGCUGACAGACAUGCGGAUAGCCCGGACCUUCUGCUUCACCAACCUGGGCCAGGCCAUGUACCUCACCUCCCCCACUGAGAUACAGAGGAUCACAUACAGCCAGGAGACCUGCGAGAACCUGCAGGUCAGGACCACACAAAUACGCCCACACAAGAACUCAGGCGCGCACGCAUGCACGCAAACACACACAUACAAUCAACAUACGUGUAUUUACGUGUGUAUGUGCGUGUUUCAGGAGAUGCUGGGAGAAUUGUUCACACCAGUGGAGACCCCGGAGGCUCCCAACCGAGGAUUCUUCAAGGGCCUUUUUGGGGGAGGAGCAACUUCCCUGGACAGAGAGGAACUAUGUGAGUGACACAUACACAGAAUGUACAUACAGUGGAGGAAAAAAGUAUUUAGUCAGCCACCAAUUGUGCAAGUUCUCCCACUUAAAAAGAUGAGAGAGGCCUGUAAUUUUCAUCAUAGGUACACGUCAACUAUGACAGACAAAUUGAGGAGAAAAAAUCCAGAAAAUCACAUUGUAGGAUUUUUAAUGAAUUUAUUUGCAAAUUAUGGUAGAAAAUAAGUAUUUGGUCACCUACAAACAAGCAAGAUUUCUGGCUCUCACAGACCUGUAACUUCUUCUUUAAGAGGCUCCUCUGUCCUCCACUCGUUACCUGUAUUAAUGGCACCUGUUUGAACUUGUUAUCAGUAUAAAAGACACCUGUCCACAACCUCAAACAGUCACACUCCAAACUCCACUAUGGCCAAGACCAAAGAGCUGUCAAAGGACACCAGAAACACAAUUGUAGACCUGCACCAGGCUGGGAAGACUGAAUCUGCAAUAGGUAAGCAGCUUGGUUUGAAGAAAUCAACUGUGGGAGCAAUUAUUAGGAAAUGGAAGACAUACAAGACCACUGAUAAUCUCCCUCGAUCUGGGGCUCCACACAAGAUCUCACCCGUGGGGUCAAAAUGAUCACAAGAACGGUGAGCAAAAAUCCCAGAACCACACGGGGGGACCUAGUGAAUGACCUGCAGAGAGCUGGGAACAAAGUAACAAAGCCUACCAUCAGUAACACACUACGCCGCCAGGGACUCAAAUCCUGCAGUGCCAGACGUGUCCCCCUGCUUAAGCCAGUACAUGUCCAGGCCCGUCUGAAGUUUGCUAGAGUGCAUUUGGAUGAUCCAGAAGAGGAUUGGGAGAAUGUCAUAUGGUCAGAUGAAACCAAAAUAGAACUUUUUGGUAAAAACUCAACUCGUCGUGUUUGGAGGACAAAGAAUGCUGAGUUGCAUCCAAAGAACACCAUACCUACUGUGAAGCAUGGGGGUGGAAACAUCAUGCUUUGGGGCUGUUUUUGUGCAAAGGGACCAGGACGACUGAUCCGUGUAAAGGAAAGAAUGAAUGGGGCCAUGUAUCGUGAGAUUUUGAGUGGUCCUUCCAUCAGCAAGGGCAUUGAAGAUGAAACGUGGCUGGGUCUUUCAGCAUGACAAUGAUCCCAAACACACCGCCCGGGCAAUGAAGGAGUGGCUUCGUAAGAAGCAUUUCAAGGUCCUGGAGUGCCCUAGCCAGUCUCCAAAUCUCAACCCCAUAGAAAAUCUUUGGAGGGAGUUGAAAGUCUGUGUUGCCCAGCGACAGCCCCAAAACAUCACUGCUCUAGAGGAGAUCUGCAUGGAGGAAUGGGCCAAAAUACCAGCAACAGUGUGUGAAAACCUUGUGAAGACUUACAGAAAACGUUUGACCUGUGUCAUUGCCAACAAAGGGUAUAUAAAAAAGUAUUGAGAAACUUUUGUUAUUGACCAAAUACUUAUUUUCCACCAUCAUUUGCAAAUAAAUUCAUUAAAAAUCCUACAAUGUGAUUUUCUGGAUUUUUUUUUCUUUUCAGUUGGUGAGACGCAGGCGGGUAAAGCGUCCCGUGGCCUUGCCCAGCACAUCCCGGGUCCUCAGGGCCUGGAGGGAAUGAAGGGGGCAGCCUCGGGCGUGGUGGCGGACCUGGCGCGUGCCCGGAUAGCGCUGGACGAGAGAGGGCAGAAAUUGGGCGAGCUGGACGAGAGGACGGCCGCCAUGCUGGCCAGCGCCGACUCCUUUGGCAAACACGCCCACGACGUAAGAAAGAGAGACGUUACAUUGUGAGACAAAAAAUUAAACUGAUCUUAGAUCAGUAUCUAGGAGCAACUUCAUCCUGUACUCCUAGAAGAUACUGCUUGUAGGCCUAGUAACACAAAAGUGUCAUGUAUAGCCCCUAGAGGGAGACAAAGGGGAGUUUUCUGUAACACUAGCUUUCCAUUUUCCCGUCUUUCCACAGAUGAUGCUGAAGUGCAAAGACAAGAAGUGGUACCAGUUCUGAUCUGAAAGAGGGGAGCAGAGCCAAAUGGACACAGCUUCAUCCGGACUCUACAUGCCCCCCUCCUCCAUCUCUCCAUCCAUCUCUCCUUCCAUCUGUCCUUCCUUCGCUGGACACGUGGGAUACUCUUCCCUAGCACAAGGUUGUAUACUGUAUUUACCUCAGUCAUAAGAUUUCAACUGAGGAACGGACUGGAGAGAAGGACAAACUGAGAAAAAAAGGUGUCCUCUUUAUUGUUGUCUUUUGUUUGUUUGUUUUCCCCUCUGUGGCCUGCCAGUUGGCUGGAGCUCUGGGGUUCCCUCAUCCUCAUUCGCCAAAAUGUUCUGUGCCGUCAUCUCUGCUCCAACCAAUCUGGGACCAGUAUACUAAAGACAAAAACAGACACAACUGAGAGAAAAAAAAUUAACAAUGAAGAAACAACGACUACAAAAAAAAUCUCAAAAUGGAAAAAGAGGAAAAAUAAAAUAUAUACAUAAUUAUAUAUACAUAAAUCUAUAUAAAUGAUCAACACUGUAUUCACUUCCAACUGUCAAGUGCAAAACAACAAGAGGACAACUUCACAGGUGAAGCGAAACUGGUGGUGGGCAAAAGAAGCUCUACUCAAAGUCACAGGAUGUGAUGUCAUAGUGACAGCCGCCUCUAUGCAGAGAGUUGCAGGAUAAAAAAAAAGCAAGUCAUUCCAAUGUACACUGGAUCCUCUCUCCUUGAUCCAACUAGACUCUCCUCAUCAUAUGGAUUCACAGUUUUUGUAUUGUUCCCAACUGUAUUAUACAUGUAUUAAUUUAUCUUUCCUCUUGUUUAUCGUUUGUUUUAUGCUCAGUCUGUUUUACUUGAAAUCUAUUUUAAUUUUUUCUUAAUUGUCGUGAACGUUGUGAAUUAUGAUAUAUUUUUAUUUGGUCAUGUUGCCAGUAUGUUUUGUGGCUUUGUCAAACUCCCAUUCAUUUAUCCUUAUAAAAAGGGCUGGAUUCAAAAAGAGGGCAUGGAUACAAAAGACAUAGAUUUAUCAUUCAGAUCAGUACACGUCACCAUCAAUAAUUUGUCAUAUCAGGUGUCACACACACACACACACACACACACACACACACAUCAGAAAUCUAGAAGCAAGAUCAGAACUCUACAAGCAAGACUGUCAGUGUCUCCUCACCCUGAAGUGUUUAAUUUGACAUGUAAAUGGUACCUUCCUCACUGACCUCUUCAUGCCAUUAACAUCUACUACAGUUUGGGUUUAAUAGUGACUCUGUGUGAAUUAUGUCAGUGUUACAGUAGGCCUAUACACUGCUGGUGUAUCCAGACCUAUUGAAUUGGUUUUCAGGAGUAAUACUGUAUGGACGUGAUCCUGAAGUGCACGUAAACUUGGAGAUUACUACAGUAUAUACACAUGGGAAUAAAACCUAUUUGUGUGUGUUCAUUUAUGCAGGACUGUAUAUGUACAUUCAGGCAAAGUCAUACGUUUUUGAAGACAGAAACCUGUUUUUUUGAGAAUUGUCCAUAAAAUAACUUUGUGAGUGGUCUAUUAAUUCACAUUUUAUUGAUUGAAGUGUAAGAGACGCUGCUAUAUGUGUGGUGUGUCGGAACCGUCCUUUGUUUAGAGAUCUGUUUCUGUCCCCAUUUCAUUGGUGAAAACUCUCAUUUGUGUCUCCUUCAAUGUUCUGCCAGGCUUCUCUACCAUUCUGUUGUAAAUAGGUAAAUAGUUUGACAAUCUAAAACCAAUUGAAAAGUGUUUGACGUUGCUCAAGCAAGCGACACAAGGACAGCUGCCAUAUUUUUUCUGACGCCAAAGAGUUACUUUAGCUUCCGUUUCAUUGUUCUAUUACUCAACUUGGCAUUCCAGGUGUUUCACUAAUUGAAAUACAAUAGGCCUAGGUGUGUCUAUACAGGGCCUUGGGAACUGUGCAUUCUGACUCAGUCACUGGGCUAGGUUCCAUUCUGAAGACAUUCUUCCUUCCCUAAGACCUUUUCGACUCUUCCUGAUAGGAGAUGGCUGGUUAGGUUGGAGCAAGAUGACAGUAACUCAACUGUGAGGCCACUAGUGAUGGUAGCAAGUUUUCAGAAUGGAACACAACUAUUGUAUUCACAACAUUGUGCCCUUCAUAAAAGUUUUAAAGUGGUAUUUGGCUAACUUCUAAAACAGCCUUUGACCAGCACAGUAUCUUUAAAAGGUAGACGUUGCCAUGAGCAGCACAGCAGAUAUUGAGAUGAGCGAGAUGCAAGACUUCGCUCUCACACAAUCACACAGUAUCAGCGCAUGUGCGUGGGUUCGCUUCACACUGUUACAGCGUGGUAGCCAGGGUGCCAAAAUAGCGGAGAAGUUGAGCAUCGUGCUUCAACGCUCUUAGUUGUUGCGGAAAUUGACCCACUAUGCCGUUUACUUUCUGCGUCUAUGUCAUAUCGCUGAGUCUACUUUAAAUUUUCAACUUUGUGGUCUUUUCCUUUCCUAUUUUUAGUUGUACAUUGUUCUUUGACAUUUUUUGUGCUAUAUGAUCGACAAUGUCUUUCUUGUCUGAAAUACUUGAUUUCCAUGACCAAGCAAUCUGUGUCCAAUCAAUUGUGGGAAAUCACCAAGAAAAAAGAAAAAAAAAGAAAAAAGAAACAACUCAGUAACCACGGUAACUAGAGGAUGUCUGCAUCAGCAGGAUGAUGUAACCUCUGUGUAAUGUGGCUCCAUCAUAGACCGGCCUCGCAUGUUCAGUGUCUCAGUCUGCAUACAUCAUGCUUCAGCUCUCUCGCGCUCAUCUUCUAAUGCAUUCUCCUACUCUGGUUAAACUUCCAAGUGGCUAAUUUUGGUGAUACUAACUAACAGGUUUGGUCUCCUUCUCUGUGUUCUAGUAUGCAUUGUUGUGUGGAUGUCGGUAGGUAGCCCUGCUUCAAUCGUCCAAGGAUAAAAAAAUACUUCAGGAAAAAACUAGUCUAUGAUUGAGGUCCUUCCCUUCCCUUCUAGCUGUCUUUUCUUUUUCUGUUAGAUUUUCUGUGUUUUUUGUUGUCUGUGAGUGAGUUGUUUCUUGUCCACACUCAGUAUGCAGUAUUCUUCUUACCUGGUAUGAUUCAUACUAAUUUACAAGAGGGAGUCUGUCUGCCAUAAUGCAAUGUCUGUCCUGGAUUUAACAGUUAUCAGUGGGUUGCAGUAUUUUCUCAUUGUAGCCAAUUUUCUUGUACAGUUUUAUGCAAAUUUCACAUGGAUGUUUAUGACUUUAUCUGCUGCCACAAACAAUUUAGAAAUUAUGUAGAUAGAAAUGACUGUGCAAUGGAAAAUAAAAGUGGAAAAAAAUGCAGACCUUUGGUGGUGGUUUAUUCUCCAUGUCCAUCAUGAAGCCUAAGAUAAUAUGUCAUAUUUUGCAGGGUAGUGCUGCUUCUUUCAUACGGUUAUUGCUCAAAUAAGUAUAUUAACGCAGAGGAAUUUGUUUGAGUACUCAUUUGAGAAGGCCAAAGCCAUCGUCUUACAGCAUUAAUAUGCCAUCUGGGGUAUCUAAAAGAAUAGCCGCAGAAAGUAGGGGUGCUGAGGGUGCUGCAGCGCCCACUGAAAAAUCGGAAUUAAAAACUAAUAUUAACCUUCCAAACAUCUCUAACGGUGUGAGUUUUUUUAUGCACUUGAUGUCAGAAUGCGCUCACUGUUCCAAAAUGUGAUUGUUAAGCAACAGGACAGUUAACCCACGUUGUCCACAAACCAAGACACGCUGCCUGCUAAUUAUCUAUAGGCUAUGUUUCAGUUUUCAAAUUAUUUUCGAACAAGUUUUAUUUUCUAACAACAGUUUGAAUUGAGGUGGGUUCUGCCUCCUCAUUAAUUCGCAAAGAAGUAGCCCAUUUCACUGCUGCAGACAAUUUAUGUUUGAGGCUUUACUGAGCUGCACAAACUUCUCUCUUCGAGGAGAGCCCAAGCACUUCCCCAGUGUUUCCACAGAUCAGGUAAGCAGAUAUUUGCGCAGUCUUGCAUAAACAUUUUCCCUGUGGCACAUUUUCUGGCUGGUGCUCGCAUUGCCUUCAUUGUUGUUUUCCUUACAAAUAAUAACUUUGGACAUGUGUGCGCUCCUAUCAAAGUAAAUGCCUUAUUUUCUGUUGUCGUUUUUACUGUAGUAUGUAUGGAGCAUAAUGUAUUUACAGUUUUAUUCACAUGUUUUCAAGUACUGGUGACAAAUCAUGCAUUCCAAUUAAUGCAUAGAUUGUAAUGGACACCUAUGAUGUGUGUAAAAUACUUUUUUGAAGGUUGUACUGAUUAUGAUGAGCUAAUGCUAAGCUAUUUACAGCUAUGUGUGGCACCAUUGUUGACAUUAUACAAUGGAUUCUGGGUGUCAACGUUUGUUAGACCAAAGAUGUUAUAACAAAAUGAGGUGUAACGAGUAAACUUCCGGAAGUGAAUGAAGGGAAGUGAAUGAUCGUAGAUGACACGCCCCCUUCAAAAUGCAUACUGUGAACAGACCAAACUCAUCUUGUCUCCUCUUAUUAUCUUUGGUUGACGUGAAAAAACAAACAUGGUGGCGUCACAAACUACCCAUCGUCGGAUUACUUUCGAUUUUUAGAAAGUGUUUUACUCAAUUAUUUUGAUCAAUGGUGAGCUCACCCAUGAUGUGAUGAAUUGUACAUAGUAAUUGCUAUUAGCUAAUUCAUAUUGUGGUUUCUGACAGCCGAGAGUUAGGUAAAUAUGACCGCUUGUGUUACGUCAAUCUUUCCUCAGUUAGCGCUAGGACUAAUGUAGCCUACAUUUUCCAGUUUGGAUGAUUGUGUUAUGCUGUCGCUACGUCUGUGAAUGUCUGAACAUUGCAUCCAAAAAUAAACUGGUCACAUUCAGGACAUAAGUUUGUAAGGACUGUGUUAGUGCAAAAUGUUUCUGUUGAAAAACAGUAUGGCCAGCUCAAACGCUGACUGUUGCGUCAAUCAAAACUGGACAUUCUAAAUAAGCAUUCUAAUCACACUGGUUUGAGCCGCAAUAUAUCUCAGUUUAUUGCAUAAAUCGUGCAUGCAUUGGAUUGCAAUGCUGGUGCGGUAAAAUAAUCCAGUCCAGUUUAAUUAAUUACAGACUAGGCUAAUCCAAGUGUAGGCUAUGACACAAUGUAAAUGGAGGAGAAGGCUAAAACAUGUUCAGCGGCAGAUCAAAAUAGUGACACGAAGUCUCCGGGUGAACGGAGGAGUUGUCCAUGGUGCUGUCAUUCAAGGUCCUUUUUUUACUGUGUUCGUAAUGAGCAUGGGACGGUUGCAUUUUGGCUUCUGCUCAGAUGGAUGAAGCCAGCGGGGAACACAUGCAGCACACAGACACCACCGGCUACAGAACUGCCACAGAUCUCACUUGCAGUGGUGUAUCACUUUUAGAUGAGGGAGCGCAAAAAAUAUGUAAAUGACAUCAUAAUUUCCUCAAUCAUAGUUUGUACCGACAGAUGUAGCUUUUUGAAUAGCCUUUCAUGGCUCUCCAACCCUGUUCCUGGAGUGCUACCGUCCAGUAGGGUUUCAGUCCAACCCCAUUUGUAUUCAUUUUAUGAGCGAAUUAGAGCAGAUGAUGUUAACAAACUAUUAUCCUUUCCUGUAUUUUGUAUCAAUCAAAGCAUAUAUCCUGCAUUGUGACUCUGAGUUUUGGCAUGUGUUUUAGCAUGUAAAUCAUGGUGGGGUAAACUCCCCAAAAAUGUUGGAGGAUACAUGCCAGCAAAGCCAGUACACAACACAACACUAAACAAUACAUUAAUUGCACUGUAACGGUGACAAAACAGUGCCACAAACUGUUAGGGCCUACAUUUAUGUUUUUUAUUUUUUUUAUUUACUUUAUGUAACCGAUAAGGCGUUGGAGAAAGAGUUCUCAUUUACAACUGCCGACUGGCCAAGAUAAAGCAUAGUGUGCAAUAAAAAAAACAACAACACAGAGUUACAUAUGGUAAAUAUACAUAAAGCUGUCCCAAGAGCAGAGCUUUCUUUUCAGCAACAUGGAGUGAAUCCUUACCACUGCUACACCUGGCUAUCAGCGGAGCCUUGUCUGGCAGCGAAACAGUUCAUUCAGCCUCAUUUACUGCCUUUAAAAAAAACAUAAAGCAUAAGGGGACGACGAGCGGAUAAGAGGCAAUCCGUAGUUUCGAUUAAGACAUUAAUGAGCAAGCUAGGACGGACGUAAUCAAUAUAACAAUUUGUUCAGCACUUUUGAAAUGCACAGCGACAGAAUUCAGAUCAUGGGCCGUUCUUACAAUAUUCUCCCUGUACACCAAGUUAGAUAAAUAAAAAGGGCAUAUAAGCGAACAAUGAAAGCUCUUACAAUAUUUGAUGAUUACAUUUCUCUAAAACAGGCUAUAGGCUACAUGUGCACCACCAAGUCAGAACAGUAAGCUAGGCACAUGGGCUACUAACAGCUUACUACACAACAUACACUUAGUAUUACUUUCUUGGCUACAGUAUACAUAUCUCCCUGGAAUAUUACAUCAUUUAUGCAGCAGGAUACAAUACAUUUUUGGACUCACCUUUUUGUGCUGUGCUCACUUGAACAGGAAGGUGGCGCGUCGGUCCUUGUGGACAAAUCAAGCUUUGUCAUCAAAAAUCUGACAUUCUCUGGAUUUAUGGUGCUUUCAAGACAACUGGGAACUCGGAACAAAACAAGGUUGAAUCAUGACGUCAGUGAUCUUCAUGUCUGUCACGUCUACUCACGCUCCCCCGCUCUGGCGCUCGAUGUCACCGGUAUACAAACCACCGGUCCUGGCAACCCAUCAUUACGUUCACCUGGGAACCCACAUUGCACACACCUGCGCCCCAUCAUGAGGCAUACCUGGACUCCAUCACUACCCUGAUUACUCCCCCUUUAUCUAGCACUCCCUAGCAUCACUCUUCAGGCAGUAUUGGUUUUGUGUUCAUGUCAAGACGCUUCUCUUGUUUUGUAUCGCUCAAUGUUCUUUAUGAUUAUUAAACUCACCCCCUGCUUCCUGACUCCCAGCGUCUUCGUUACAAGGUCGGAGCUCUAGAAAGAGGCCCGAGUUCCCGACUUGGAAUUCCGAGUUGGAUGACCGUUCAAAACUUAUUUUCCCAGUCGGAGCUAAUUUCUUUCCGAGUUUCCAGUUGUUUUGAAUGCAGCAGAAGUCAUGCUGUAUUGAUAGCAUAGCAAAUGUAUUCAACCUUUUCUGGCCCAUGGUGUUGAAUGUUUAUCCUUUUAAGAAAAGAGACCCUUAAACCCAGACUUGGACCACACACCCACACAGCUGAAUAGCAGGCUAGUGAUUGCUUUGCAAUGCUUGCAGUUAGCCACUUAUUCCUUCCAAACCACUCAUUGUUGAAUUUGCAAUUUCCACCUUGUUGUGUAAUGUUUAUUUCCAAUGGCCGAUGAGCACCAAUAUGUUGUUUCUAUAAUUUAUCUUCACAUGACAAGGAUUGAAAAUGAUUUGGCAGUAGAUUGUCGAUGUGAUUCAUGAUGAUGACUGCUUGUCUAACUUGCUAGCUAAGAUUUAGAAAGUAUGAUGUUGACAUGAUUAGUCCAAUCAAAGCUACGGUAGAUAUAACGUGAUUUGACGUCAUUUUAUCUGUGGCCAAUGACCUUGAGCCUUCUUGGAUGGGCACUUCUAAUGUAACUCUAUGGCAGCACCAAAGGGGCUUGAAUUUUCGAGCUCUCCCCGUCGAUUUUGCAGUGAUGUAGUGUCCCCAUGAGUGACAGAACACUGAGCCAAUCACAGCGCAACUAGAGAACAUUACCAACCCCUACGCUGAGCUAGGCCGAAACACCUGCAUUUUGGAGCUGCCUUACUCAAGAAAGCAAAAAAUAGACAAUGUUUGAAUGCGGCUUUAUUAACUCAAUGUUGUUGUUUUGUUUUACAUUGUUUGCAAACUGAUAUGUGACAAGUAUUAAUGCCAAAAUAACAUGCAAAACAUGCAACAAAACAGGUGGGGCUCAAAACUGCCCUAAAUGAUGGGGCGCCACUGCGCAUGAUAUGUUUCUUGGACUAUUCACCUUCAGCUAACCAUCCUAAAAUAUAAUUAUAAAUUAUGUGUUUUUGGUGUAACAGUAAUGUUAUAGGCCUGCUAUGCUGUUUGGUUUUGUUAUAUAAAAUACUAAUUAAUCGUUAUGUGAUCUUGCAAGACAUUGAUUCAGCUUUGCUCUAUCUUUAUUAAACAAGCACCAUUGUGAGAGGUGCAAAUCUUCUAUUUGUAAUAAUAAUAAUCAUAAUAAGUGAUGAGUAGGACUAUUAGGCGUAGGCAACAUAUCUUGAUGAGUUUUAAACGAUUGGAGAGCCCUUCGUGGUUCUAAAAGCACUUCACUGGCACCUCUCCAAACUUCCAUUGACGCAUUUCCAGAAUCAGUCAACACGUUUGGGCGACGCCUCUCUACACUAGAAGGUUUCUUUACUGACAACACCGAGCGGAUUGCAGAGCUAGAGGCAGCCGUCUCUCAUAUGAAAACGGCCAACACAACUCUACUUUCCAAGGUAGAUUCGUUGGAGAAUUAUACCAGAAGGGAAAACAUCCGGAUCGUUGGCGUCAUGGAGGGAAUUGAGACUGGAGUCAACCCUGUGAAAUUUGUCUCCGACAUUCUGGUGGAAGUGAUGGGUAACGGUGUCUUUGACAAGCCGCCGGAGCUCGACCGAGCGCACAGAUCCCUCACCCCCAAACCCAACUCAGGGGAGCGGCCUAGGGCAAUCAUAGCCCGCUUUUAUAAUUUCCAAGACAAGGGAACGUGCAAUGCGCUGGGCAAGGGAGCAUCAACCAAUAUUUCAUGGCCAAGAUAUACGAUUCUACCCAGACCAGAGUGCCAAUCUCGUGAAGAAAAUAGCUGA